CAAUUAAAAGCAAAAAUAAAGCCAUUAAGAGCAUCUGUGAUUGGAGUGUCUUCGAUUUGCUGUAGCUCGCGAUAAUUUGGAAAUUGGAAAUACGAGCUGCCGCAUUGCAUUUCGUGAUUUCCAAUCGCGGGGAUAGGAAAACAAGAAACCGCAUUUGCCACAUUUAUCACGCACAUAUAUCAGAUUGUCAGCCAAAGGGAGCUGCCCAGGAAAUCGCAGUCGGGGUGUUAACCCAAGAGCAAGUCGAAACCCGAACUCGAACCCGAAUCCACCAAAUUACGCUCAUUUCGCGGCCACAUAAAUUUAUCGGGCAUCACAGAACAUAAACAUAAGGCCCAGGAAACUGGGGGCCAGCUUUAAUUAAGUGAUCAUGAACAUGAGCAAACACAAAUCGCCAAAGGCCGGCGGUCUUGGAUCUGCAAACGGGCAGAACAAGAUUAGAAGCGCCUGGCUGCCGAGCUUCAAAUGUCGUUAGAACGGAGCAAAUCUUUCUGGACCCGAGCCAAUUCCCUUUAUGGCCAAGUCAGCAAACAAGACGCCAAAUCCCCGGACUUCAAGACCAAAACUUCCUCCUCCUGCAAACUGCAAACGGCAAACGGCAAAGCGCAUGUAAUUUGGCUCAGAGUGUGUAUUUUAUUUAAGCGUUUAUUAGCUGAUAAACCGAAAUAGAUAAAUCGCCUGGUGCAAUCCUUGCCUGCCUUUUUACCUUUAGCCCGUUGAAGGUUUUAUGGCCAGCCGAGGGCGCUGUUUUCCAGUUUCCACUCGCAGAUAGAUAAUGGCAAAUAUUUUUACACACGUUGAAACAUUCACGCCGGCUUAAGAAAGUUGUUUGCUCACGCCCAUCUGCAGCUACAGUGGAACUUCUCAAAAAUGAAAAUAUUUUUGCCACUAGUCACGUGGAUAGUGCUACUACUCUCGAGUGCAGUACAUUCACAAUAUUCACAACAACCGCAACCAUUCAAGACGAACUUGAGGGCGAAUAGUCGGUUUCGCGGCGAGGUCUUUUACCUGAACCUCGAGAAUGGCUACUUUGGCUGCCAAGUCAACGAGUCCACCGAAUAUUUGCAGCUAUUCAACCUAUCGAAACUAUGCGACGGCACCCAAGAUUGUUUUCUGGGUGCCGAUGAGCUGAGCAAAGAGCUCAAAUGCACAAAUGACUGUGAUAAGGAUGGCACCCAGUGCACACAUGGCGCGUGUUUGAACGGCGUCUGCCAUUGCAAUGACGGCUACGGCGGUUGCAAUUGCGUGGACAAAGAUGAGAACGAAUGCAAACAGCGGCCGUGCGACGUGUUCGCCCAUUGCACAAACACACUGGGCAGCUUUACGUGUACCUGCUUUCCGGGCUAUCGCGGCAAUGGCUUCCAUUGUGAAGACAUUGACGAAUGCCAAGAUCCCGCGAUAGCAGCGCGAUGCGUGGAGAACGCCGAGUGCUGCAACCUGCCGGCGCACUUCCUCUGCAAGUGCAAGGAUGGCUACGAGGGCGACGGCGAGGUUCUCUGCACGGAUGUGGACGAGUGCCGCAAUCCGGAGAACUGCGGCCCCAACGCCCUGUGCAUCAAUACGCCGGGCAACUACACAUGCUCCUGCCCGGAGGGAUAUGUGGGCAACAAUCCGUUCCGGGAGGGCUGUCAGGAUGUGGACGAGUGCUCGUACCCGAACGUCUGCGGACCCGGUGCCAUAUGUACGAAUCUCGAGGGCAGUUAUCGCUGCGACUGCCCGCCGGGAUACGAUGGCGAUGGACGCUCGGAUUCGGGCUGCGUGGACCAGGAUGAGUGCGCCCGUUCGCCCUGCGGCCGCAAUGCGGACUGUUUGAACACGGACGGCAGCUUCCGCUGCCUGUGUCCGGACGGAUACAGCGGUGAUCCCAUGCACGGCUGCGAGGAUGUCGAUGAAUGCGCCACUAACAAUCCAUGCGGUUUGGGUGCUGAAUGCGUGAACCUGGGCGGUAGCUUCCAGUGCCGCUGUCCCCUUGGCUUUGUGUUGGAGCACGAUCCGCAUGCGGAUCAGUUGCCCCAGAAUCCCCAACAACUGGGCUACGGGCCGGGGGCGACGGACGUGGUGCCCUACCAGCGGACCUCGGGCGCCGGUCUGGCGUGCCUGGACAUCGACGAGUGCAACCAGCCAGAUGGGGUGGCCAAGUGCGGCACCAACGCCAAGUGCAUCAAUUUCCCCGGCUCGUACCGCUGCCUGUGUCCGAGCGGAUUCCAAGGACAGGGCUAUUUGCACUGCGAGAACAUCAACGAGUGUCAGGAUAAUCCGUGUGGGGAGAACGCGAUCUGCACGGAUACCGUUGGCAGCUUCGUGUGCACCUGCAAGCCGGACUAUACCGGUGAUCCGUUCCGCGGAUGUGUGGAUAUCGAUGAGUGUACCGCUCUGGACAAACCCUGCGGACAACAUGCGGUAUGCGAGAACGCAGUUCCCGGCUACAAUUGCAAGUGCCCGCAGGGAUACGACGGCAAACCCGAUCCCAAGGUGGCCUGCGAACAGGUGGACGUGAACAUCCUGUGCAGCAGUAACUUCGAUUGUACCAACAAUGCGGAGUGCAUCGAGAACCAGUGUUUCUGCUUGGACGGCUUCGAACCCAUCGGAUCCAGUUGUGUGGACAUCGAUGAGUGUCGCACCCACACAGAGGUGUGUGGUCCGCAUGCCCAGUGCUUGAAUACCCCCGGAUCCUAUAGCUGUGAGUGCGAGGCCGGGUAUGUGGGCAGUCCGCCAAGGAUGGCCUGCAAACAGCCGUGCGAGGAUGUACGGUGUGGAGCCCAUGCCUACUGCAAGCCGGAUCAAAACGAAGCGUACUGUGUGUGCGAGGAUGGAUGGACCUACAACCCAAGCGACGUCGCCGCGGGAUGUGUGGACAUCGAUGAGUGCGAUGUGCUGCAUGGACCGUUCGGAAGUUGUGGCCAGAAUGCCACAUGCACGAACAACGCUGGAGGAUUCACGUGUGCCUGUCCUCCCGGUUUCUCGGGAGAUCCGCAUGCCAAGUGCGUGGAUGUGGACGAGUGCCGCACGGGGGCCAGCAAAUGUGGAGCCGGAGCUGAGUGCGUGAAUGUACCAGGUGGUGGCUACACCUGCCGCUGCCCCGAGAACACCAUUGCCGAUCCGGAUCCCAGUGUGAGAUGUGUGCCCAUUGUGAGCUGCACCUCCAACACGGACUGUCCCGGCAACUCCAUUUGUGAUGCGACCAAGCGUUGCCUGUGCCCCGAACCGAAUAUUGGCAACGACUGCCGUCAUCCUUGCGAAGCCCUGAAUUGUGGAGCACAUGCCCAGUGCAUGCUGGCCAACGGACAGGCCCAGUGCCUGUGUGCUCCUGGAUAUACGGGAAACUCAGCUCUUCCGGGAGGCUGUAAUGACAUCGACGAAUGCCGGGCUAACCCCUGCGCGGAGAAGGCCAUUUGUUCCAAUACAGCCGGAGGCUAUCUGUGCCAGUGUCCCGGGGGAUCCAAUGGAGAUCCCUACCGCGAGGGAUGCAUUACCUCUAGGGUAAAGGAGGGUUGCUCCGACUCCAAUCCGUGUGCGACGGGCGAGAGCUGCGUCCAAGACUCGUACACCGGCAACAGUGUGUGCAUCUGCCAGCAGGGUUACGAGCGUAAUCCGGAGAAUGGCCAGUGCCAGGAUGUGGAUGAGUGCUCUGGGCAGAGGGGAGGAAAGCCUGCGUGCGGACUGAAUGCUCUCUGCAAGAAUCUGCCUGGUAGCUACGAGUGCCGCUGUCCCCAGGGACACACCGGAAACCCUUUCCUCAUGUGCGAGGUCUGCAAUACGCCGGAGUGCCAGUGUCAGGCGCCGUACAAGCUUGUGGGCAACAGCUGUGUCCUCUCGGGAUGCUCAAGUGGAAAGGCCUGUCCCAGCGGAGCCGAGUGCAUUUCGAUUGCCGGAGGAGUCAGUUACUGCGCUUGUCCCAAGGGAUAUCAAACGCAGCCGGAUGGAAGCUGCGCCGACGUCAACGAGUGCGAGGAACGUGGCUCCAAACUGUGCGCCUUUGGAGCAAUCUGCGUGAACAAACCAGGAAGCUACAGUUGCCAUUGCCCAGAGGGGUACCAAGGAGAUGCCUACAACGGGCUGUGUGCACCGGCUCAGAGGAAGUGCGCUGCCGACAAGGAGUGUGCCAGCAACGAGAAGUGCAUCCAGCCGGGUGAGUGCGUGUGCCCACCACCGUACUUCCUGGAUCCGCAGGACAACAACAAGUGCAAGAGCCCCUGCGAACGCUUCCCGUGCGGCAUCAAUGCCAAGUGUACGCCCUCGGAUCCCCCACAAUGCAUGUGCGAGGCUGGUUUCAAGGGAGAUCCCCUGCAGGGCUGCACGGAUGAGGACGAGUGCUCGCAUCUUCCAUGCGCCUAUCGAGCCCACUGUGUGAACAAGAAGGGUGGAUAUCAGUGCGUUUGCCCCAAGGACCACACCGGAGAUCCAUACAAGAGUGGCUGCAUCUUCGAGAGCAGCACCGUGAAGAGCAAAUGCCUGAGCAACGAUGAUUGCGCCAGUAAUCUGGCCUGCCUGGAGGGAACCUGCGUGAGUCCAUGCAGCAGUCUCCUCUGUGGAUCCAAUGCCUACUGCGAGACGGAGCAGCAUGCGGGCUGGUGUCGCUGCCGCGUGGGAUUCGUGAAGAACGGCGACGGCGACUGUGUGUCGCAGUGCCAGGACGUGAUCUGUGGCGACGGCGCCCUCUGCAUUCCCACCAGCGAGGGACCCACCUGCAAGUGUCCGCAAGGACAGCUGGGCAAUCCCUUCCCCGGCGGCAGCUGCUCCACGGAUCAGUGCUCGGCCGCCCGGCCCUGUGGCGAGCGACAGAUCUGCAUCAAUGGCAGGUGCAAGGAGCGCUGUGAGGGCGUGGUCUGCGGCAUCGGAGCCACCUGCGAUAGGAGCAACGGAAAGUGCGUCUGCGAACCGAACUUUGUGGGCAAUCCCGAUCUGAUCUGUAUGCCGCCCAUUGAGCAGGCCAAGUGCUCGCCGGGAUGCGGAGAGAAUGCCCACUGCGAGUACGGUUUGGGUCAGAGCCGUUGUGCCUGUAACCCCGGAACCUUUGGCAAUCCCUACGAGGGCUGUGGAGCGCAGAGCAAGAACGUGUGCCAGCCCAAUAGUUGUGGACCCAAUGCGGAGUGUCGAGCGGCGGGCAAUCACAUUAGCUGUCUCUGCCCGCAGGGCUUCAGUGGUAAUCCCUACAUCGGUUGCCAGGAUGUGGACGAGUGCCUGAACAAACCAUGUGGUCUCAAUGCUGCCUGUCUAAAUAGAGCCGGAGGAUUCGAGUGUCUGUGCCUCUCGGGACAUGCUGGUAAUCCCUACAGCAGCUGCCAGCCCAUUGAGAGCAAGUUCUGCCAGGAUGCCAACAAGUGCCAGUGCAACGAGCGUGUGGAGUGUCCGGAUGGGUAUAGUUGCCAGGAGGGCCAGUGCAAGAACCUCUGCUCCCAGGCCUCGUGUGGCCCCAGGGCCAUCUGCGAUGCCGGAAAGUGCAUCUGCCCCAUGGGCUACAUUGGAGAUCCGCAGGACCAAGUGCAGGGAUGCAGCAUUCGUGGUCAGUGUGGCAACGAUGCGGACUGCCGCCAUUCGGAGAUCUGCUUCCAGUUGGGCAAGGGUCUGCGCAAGUGCGUGGAUGCCUGCUCCAAGAUUCAGUGUGGACCGAAUGCCCUUUGCGUCUCCGAGGAUCAUCGCUCCUCGUGCAUAUGCUCCGAUGGAUACUUUGGCAACCCAAGCAACCUGCAGGUUGGCUGCCAGCCGGAGAGAACAAUCCCCGAGGAGGAGGAUAAAUGUAAAUCUGAUCUAGACUGCGAACGAGGAUUUGGAUGUCAGGCCAGCCCACACGGCACUCGUGAGUGCAUCAACCUUUGUUCCAAUGUCGUCUGCGGACCCAACGAGCUCUGCAAGAUUAACACAGCUGGACAUGCCAUUUGCAAUUGCGCCGAGAGCUAUGUCUGGAACCCAGUGGUCUCCUCCUGCGAGAAACCUUCGCUUCCGGACUGCACCAGAGACGCCAAUUGUCCCGAUGCAUCCGCCUGUCGUCCGGAUGUCUUGGGUGUGCUCAAGUGCGUCGCCAUCUGCGAUGCCUUCACCUGCCCGGCAAACUCCGUUUGCCUGGCUCGUCAGCACCAGGGAAGAUGUGACUGUCUCUCCGGAUUCGUGGGUAACCCGAACGAUAGGAAUGGCUGCCAGCCGGCACAGAAACACCACUGCAAAAACCAUGCCGAGUGCCAGGAGUCGGAGGCCUGCAUCAAGGAUGAGGGCAACCAAACCCUUGGCUGUCGUCCUGCCUGUGAUACCGUCAAGUGCGGACCCCGUGCCGUUUGCGUAACCAACAACCAUCAGGCACAGUGUCAGUGUCCACCUGGACCCUUUGCCGGCGAUCCGUACGACCCCUUCAAUGGCUGCCAGAGUGUUCCUUGUGUCUACAACCAUGACUGUCCACCCAGCCAGAUGUGCAACCGGAUGACACACACCUGCUUCGAUGUGUGCGACGAGGAGUCGUGCGGCGAGAAUGCCAUUUGCCUGGCCGAGGAUCAUCGGGCCGUUUGCCAGUGCCCACCUGGAUUCAAGGGAGACCCGUUGCCGGAAGUGGCCUGCACCAAGCAAGGUGGCUGUGCGGCCGGAACCUGCCAUGCCUCGGCCAUUUGUGAGGUCACCCCGGAAGGACCCGUCUGCAAGUGUCCGCCGCUCUUUGUCGGCGAUCCCAAGGGAUCGGGCUGUCGUCCAGAUGGUCAGUGCCCCAAUGGAGAUGCCGAUUGCCCAGCCAACACAAUCUGCGCUGGCGGAAGAUGCCAGAAUCCCUGCGACAACGCCUGCGGAUCAAAUGCUGAGUGCAAGGUGGUCAACAGGAAACCCGUCUGCAGUUGUCCCCUGCGCUUCCAGCCUGUCUCCGAUACGGCCAAGGAUGGAUGUGCGCGCACUAUAUCGAACUGCCUCACCGAUGUCGACUGCGGAGGAGCGUUGUGCUACAACGGACAGUGCCGCAUUGCGUGCCGGGACUCGCAGGAUUGCUCCGAUGGCGAGAGCUGCCUGAAGAACGUCUGCGUGGUGGCCUGUCUGGACCACAGCCAGUGCGGCAGUGGACUAGCCUGCGUCGAGGGUCACUGCACCAUCGGUUGUCGCAGCAACAAGGAGUGCAAACAGGAUCAGUCCUGCAUCGAGAACAAGUGCCUGAACCCCUGUCAGUCGGCCAGCAGCUGUGGUCCGAAUGCCCUGUGCAGCAUUGCCCAGCACCGGAGCCAGUGCAGCUGUCCGGAAGGCUUCGAGGGCAACCCCACCCCGGAACAGGGAUGCGUGCGAGUGCCGGCUCCCUGCUUGGCCACCAACCAGUGUCCCAAUGGGCACAUGUGCAUCGGAAACCAGUGCAAUCUGCCCUGCACCAAGACCUCCGCCUGUGCGGUUGGCGAACGUUGCUAUCAACAGGUGUGCCGCAAGGUGUGCUACACCAGCAACAACUGUUUGGCCGGGGAGAUCUGCAACACGGACAGGACGUGCCAGCCAGGAUGUGAGUCCGAUGCCGACUGCCCGCCCACCGAGUUGUGUCUGACCGGAAAGUGCAAGUGCGCCACUGGCUUCAUUGGCACCCCAUUCGGAUGCUCCGAUAUUGACGAGUGCACGGAGCAGCCGUGCCAUGCCAGUGCCCGGUGCGAAAACCUCCCAGGAACCUAUCGAUGUGCCUGCCCCGAAGGAACUGUCGGCGAUGGCUACGGCCAGCAGGGAUGCGCCCAGCCCAGACAAUGCCACAAGCCCGACGACUGUGCCAACAAUCUGGCCUGCAUUCAUGGCAAGUGCUCGGAUCCCUGCCUGCAAACUGUUUGCGGGGCCAAUGCCCACUGCCAGUCGGAGGGACACGAGGCGCUAUGCAGCUGUCCGGCUGGAUUCUUGGGUGACCCCAACGACACCGGCGUGGGUUGCUUCAAGGUGGAGUGCAUCGACCAUGUGGACUGUGCCGGAGAUCGUGCCUGCGAUGCGGAAACCAAUCGUUGCAUCAAACCCUGCGAUCUGACCAGCUGCGGCAAGGGUAAUUGCCAGGUGGCGGACCACAAGGCCGUUUGUGCCUGCUACGAGGGAUACCAGUUGGUCAACGGAAUAUGCGAGGACAUCAAUGAGUGCCUGUCGCAGCCAUGCCACAGCACCGCCUUCUGCAACAACUUGCCGGGCAGCUACAACUGUCAGUGCCCCGAGGGAUUGAUCGGAGAUCCCCUGCAGGCUGGAUGUCGGGACCCCAAUGAGUGCCUGAGUGAUGCAGACUGUCCCGCCUCGGCCAGUUGCCAGAAUUCCCGAUGCCGAAGUCCCUGCGAACGACAGAAUGCCUGCGGCUUGAAUGCCAGCUGCCAGGCCCAAUCCCACCAAGCUAUUUGCACAUGUCCCCUGAAUUCUCGCGGAGAUCCCACCAUCGAGUGUGUGCACAUUGAGUGCUCGGACAAUGAUGACUGCUCCGGAGAGAAGGCCUGCCUGGACGCCAAGUGCAUCGAUCCCUGCUCACUGCCCAAUGCCUGUGGGGCUCAGGCCCGUUGCUCGGUGCAGAACCACAUCGGAGUGUGCUCCUGUGAGGCGGGCAGCACCGGAGACGCCAAGUUAGGAUGCGUGCAGCUGCAGUACUGCCAGCAGGAUGGUCAGUGUGCCCAGGGAAGCAUCUGCUCCCACGGCAUCUGCAGUCCCCUGUGUAGCACCAAUCGCGAUUGCAUCUCGGAGCAGUUGUGCCUGCAGGGCGUCUGCCAGGGCACCUGCAAGUCGAACUCCACCUGUCCGCAGUUCCAGUUCUGCUCGAACAACAUUUGCACCAAGGAGCUGGAGUGCCGGGCGGAUAGCGAGUGUGGCGAGGACGAGACCUGUCUAAGUGACGCCUAUGGACGAGCCAGGUGUGAGUCCGUCUGCCUGGGUCGCGCUGCCUGCGGUAGGAAUGCCGAGUGUGUGGCCCGUUCCCAUGCCCCCGAUUGCCUCUGCAAGGAGGGAUUCUUCGGGGACGCCAAGUCCGGAUGCCGCAAGAUCGAGUGCAACAGCGACGAGGAUUGCUCGAAUGACAAGAGCUGCGACAACCACAUGUGCAAGAUUGCCUGCCUGAUCGGACAACCGUGCGGAGAGAAUGCCCUCUGCACCACCGAGCACCACCAGCAGGUGUGCCACUGCCAACCCGGAUUCAGUGGAGAUCCGCGGGUGCGUUGCGAUGUCAUCGACUUUUGCCGGGACGCUCCGUGCGGACCCGGAGCACGUUGCCGGAACGCGAGGGGGUCGUACAAGUGCACCUGUCCCCCGGGCCUCGUUGGUGAUCCGUACAACGAGGGCUGCCGCAGCUCCGUCGAGUGCGAGACCAACGAGGACUGUCCCCCGCAUGCCGCAUGCACCAAAUCCAAUGGGGUGGCCAAGUGCCGCGAUGUCUGUGCCCAGCUGCAAUGUGGCCCCAAUGCGGAAUGUAUUCCGAAGGGCCAUGUGGCGCAGUGUGCAUGCCGCAGCGGCUACGACGGCCAACCCGCCGACCGGGUGGCCGGCUGUAAGCCGUUGCCCGUCCCCUGUCAGGUCACCGGCGACUGUCCGACCAACGCCUACUGCUCGGAUAGCGUCUGCAAACCUGCCUGUGUACUGGACACCGAAUGUGGAGCAUCGGAGGUGUGUCAAUGUGGUCAAUGCUUCAAUCCCUGCCUGCAGCCGCAGGCCUGUGGACAGAAUGCCGAGUGCGUGAUACAGAAUCACUUGAAACAGUGCCAUUGCCCGGAGGGCUUCACCGGCGACUCUGCGAAGGAGUGCGUGCGUGUUCCGGUGGCCUGCGAUGGUGAAUGUGGACCCGGCUACACCUGCCGUGACUCCAUGUGCCUACCUGAGUGCCACAACGAUCUGGAGUGCGCCUCCAACGAGAAGUGCCUGAAGGGCAACUGCAUGCUGACCUGUCGUGUGGACAACGAUUGCUUCCUGGGUCACGUUUGCCUGCACAACAAGUGCGUCUACGGCUGCCAUGUGGACGAUGACUGCAGUGCCUCCGAGUCCUGUCGCAAUGACAAGUGCGUGAACCCGUGUGUGGAGAAUCCCUGUGGACCGAAUGCCGCCUGUUCGGUGUCCAACCACCGGGCCAGCUGCAGCUGCCUGGAGAGCAUGGUGCCCAAUCCAACGCCGCAGGUGGGCUGCGUCCGUUCGCCCCCCUUGGAAUGUCGCGAGAAUCGCGACUGUGGCAAUGGAUUGGCCUGCUUCGAGUCGGUUUGCCGACCUCUGUGCGCCGAUGAUGCCGGCUGUUUGACCAACGAGCGCUGCCAGCAGGGAGUAUGCAAACCGCUUUGCCGCCACGACAACGAGUGCGGUCAUGGAGAGCUCUGUCUGGGCCUGAAUUGUGUGCCCGGCUGCCGUUCUGAUCAGGGCUGCCCCCAGGACUUGUCGUGCGUGGGUCAACAGUGCGUGGAUCCAUGUGCCGAUCCCACUGCCUGCGGCACCAAUGCCCACUGCCAGACGAUCGAUCACAGGAAACAGUGCUCGUGCCCGGAGGGACUGGAUGGCAAUGCCAAUGUGGCCUGCAAAGUGCCCCGCAUUGUUUGUGGAAGGAACGAGGAUUGUCAAACGAAUCAGCUCUGCUACGCGGGAAGCUGCCAAGGAAAGUGCCGUAACGAUCAGAAUUGCCUGGCAGACGAGCGUUGCAUGAGGGGAACCUGUAGGACCGUGUGCAACACGGAUGAGGCAUGUGCCCAGGGACAGAUAUGCGAGAAUCGCAUGUGCCAGACUGGUUGUCGUACCGAUUUGAGUUGUGCCAGCGACGAGGCCUGCGUGAACAAGAAGUGCCAAAACCCGUGUCGCACCCCUGGUCAAUGUGGCCAGUGUGCCGACUGCCUGGUGGUCAACCACGGAGUCCAAUGCCAGUGCCCCGCUGCCUUCAUGGGAGACGGUUUGACUGGCUGCCAACUGCCGCCGGAACGCUGCCAUCCUGGCUGCGAGUGCGAUGAGAACGGAGCCUACUGUGCCACGAAAUGCUCGAGAAACGAGGAUUGCGCCUGCGGACAACAGUGUGCCCGAGGAAAGUGCCGGAAUAAGUGCGGGCCCAAGCGUCAGUGCACGGUGGGUCAGCUCUGCGAGCGAGGCGCAUGCAUUGCCGGUUGCAAAUCGAACGGAGAUUGUGCCGCUGACCAGAGUUGUGUCAAUGGAAAGUGCUCCGAUCCGUGUGCGAAUGACAAGGCCUGCGGAAGGAAUGCCCUCUGCACCGUGUCCGAGCACCGCAUGCUCUGCUACUGCCCGGAUGGAUACGAGGGCGAGCCCAGUAAGGAGUGCGUGCAGUUCGAGUGCCGUGUGGACACCGAUUGCGAUAGCAGCAAGCGCUGCGACCAAGGCAAAUGCCGUAACCCGUGUCUGGAGUUCGGAGCUUGUGGCACCAACGCCCAGUGUCGGGUGGUGGGUCGCAAGGCCCAGUGCUCCUGCCCGCCGGACUUCUUUGGCAAUCCGAUAAGUGAAUGCCGACCACUGGAGGGAGGAUGCUCUAGCAAGCCCUGUGGUGAGAACUCCAAAUGCACUGAGGUGCCCGGAGGCUAUGAAUGCGCCUGCAUGGAUGGAUGCAUUGGAGAUGCUCAUAAGGGAUGUCUCUGCGGUGGACCGCUGGUGAACGCCUGUCAGGAUCAGCCUUGCGGCUUGAACGCCGCCUGUCAUGUGCUGGACAACAAUCAAGCCGAGUGCUACUGCCCGGAGAACUUCCCCAAUGGCGAUGCCUAUGUGCAAUGUUACUUGACUCCGCCAAAACAGGAUUGUCGCACCCAAGGAUGUGAGGUUGGCGACUGCGUGCGCCAGGGCUAUGAAUAUGUCUGUCAGCAGGACACCGAACAAUGCUACUCAGAUACGGAUUGUCCCAGUGAAAAGUCAUGCCUCCAAGGACACUGCAGCGAUCCUUGUACAAUGCGUGGCGUGUGUGGUUUGAAUGCGCUGUGCAAAACUGUACUGCAUCGACCGCGCUGCUCCUGCCCCAGUUGUCACAUCGGUCGGCCAGAGAUCGAGUGCAAGUCCGAUCCCAAGUGCCUGCCGGACGAUACGGAUGCCAAGACCAAGGAGCAGAUUCCAUGUUCCAGAGACUCGGAGUGUCCGGAGACGUUGCAGUGCGGCCAGUACGGCCAAUGCACGGAUCCGUGUAACAAUCCGCUCUUCAUCUGCGAGAGCAACAAAAAGUGCGAGACGCGACGUCACCAGCCAGUUUGCAUCUGCAAGUCUGGAUUCAUAGUUAAUGAAUACGGGGAACUGACGUGCGCCCCGGAUAAAAGAGAGUGCUACCGCGAUGAUGACUGUGCCUCGAAUAUGGCCUGCGCGGAUGGUAAGUGCCGAAACCCGUGCAUCGUACCACUGGGCCGAGCCGCGAUCUGUGCGGAAAACAAGUCUUGCGAGGUCCAGAACCACAAGCCCGUUUGCAUUUGCAUGCGCGAUUGCCAGCCUUCAAUAUCCAUAUGCCUGCGCGACGCCGGUUGUCCGGCUAGCCAGGCGUGCCGGAAGCUUAAGUGCAUCGAUCCGUGCGAGUUUGCCACGUGCGCACCCAACUCGCCAUGCAUUGUCGAGGAUCACAAGCCGAUAUGUAAAUUCUGCCCAGCUGGAUUUAUAGCCGAUGCCAAGAAUGGAUGCCAAAAAGCAGCUAAGCCAGGUGGCAACUGUACCUCAAACGAAGAUUGCAGUGAAGCGCAGCAAUGUGGAUCGUCAGGUCAAUGUAUCGAUCCCUGUCACACCUUCUGUGCUGGCGCAGUUAAGUGUGUUACAUCAGCUCAUAGGGUUACCAUAUGUAUUUGCCCAGCCUCCUUUUCAAACACGACGGACUCGAACUGCAUUCCAACAGAAAAAUCAGUUGACAUUACAACCCAAAAAAUUGAAACGACUACGGACUCUGUCACUAUAAAAUACACUGCUAUGCAACUGGCCAAUCAAACUGAAAUGCGAACUCGCUUUACCGAUAUAGAAGCUGAAAAUGAAACAACAGUUUCAUACACAAGUACAACCGAAUCGUAUAAAACGACAAAACAACUGUCAAUUGAUACCACUUUUACUCAACCUGCAAAUGUCACUGCGUCGUCCUCCAUACCUACACGAACAACUCCUGGAGAAAUUACCAAUAUACAAACUGAUAAAACAACCGUGACGGGUUUCCAAAUAAAUGAACUUACGACAGAAUCUACAAGAGAAGUAGCAAUUACAAGGCCUGUUGAUAGGUCCACUCUUGAGCCACCAAGAACUACUUUACCGACACUCACCCCUGAAACAACCACAAACAUUCCGAUUGGUACAACACGUGGGCAAGUGACAGAACAGACAACCAAAUCUCUAAUCGAAAGAACAACUGAAAGGGCUACUGACGGUACUACUCUUUCUUCAGAGUCCACGGAUGAAGCUACUCUACCCCAGAGUCGCGAAACACCCACGACUUUACAUCCGGGUACAACACCCGGACGAAUGACUCAACAAACGACAGAAUCUACAAGAGAAGUACCAACUACAGGGCCUAUUGAUAGGUCCACUCUUGGGCCAUCAUCAUUAAGAACUACUGUCCCGACACUCACCCCUGAAACAACCACAAACAUUCCGAUUGGUACAACACGUGGGCAAGUGACGGAACAGACAACCACAUCUCUAAGCGAAGGGACAACUGAAAGGGCUUCUGACGGUACUACCCUUUCUUCAGAAUCCGUGGAUGGAAGUACUCUACCCGAAAGUCGCGAAACACCCACGACUUUACCUCCGGGUACAACACCCGGACGAAUGACUGAACAAACGACAGAAUCCACAAGGGAAGUACCAACUACAGGGCCUAUUGAUAAGUCCACUCUUGGGCCAUCAUCAUUAAGAACUAUUAUCCCGACACUCACCCCUGAAACGACCACAAACAUUCCGAUUGGUACAACACAUGGGCAAGUGACGGAACAGACGACCAAAUCUCUAAGCGAAGGGACAACUGAAAGAGCUUCUGAUGGUACUACUCUUUCUACAGAGUCCACGGAUCGAACUACAACACCCGGACGAAUGAUUGAACAAUCGACAGAAUCUACAAGAGAAGUACCAACUACAGGGCCUAUUAAUAUGUCCACUCUUGGGCCAUCAUCAUUAAGAACUACUGUCCCGACACUCCCCCCUGAAACAACCACAAACAUUCCGAUUGGUACAACACGUGGGCAAGUGUCAGAACAGACAACCACAUCUCUAAUCGAAGAAACAACUGAAAGGGCUACUGACGGUACUAAUCUUUCUACAGAGUCCACGGGUGGAACUACAACACCCGGACGAAUGAUUGAACAAUCGACAGAAACUACAAGAGAAGUACCAACUACAGGGCCUAUUGAUAUGUCCACUCUUGGUCCAUCAUCAUUAAGAACUACUGUCCCGACACUCACCCCUGAAACAACCACAAACAUUCCGAUUGGUACAACACAUAGGCAAGUGACGGAACAGACGACCAAAUCUCUAAGCGAAGGGACAACUGAAAGGGCUUCUGACGGUACUACUAUUUCUUCAGAAACAGUGGAUGGAAGUACUCUACCCGAAAGUCGCGAAACACCCACGACUUUAUCUCCGGGAACAACACCCGGACGAAUGACUCAACAAACGACAGAAUCUACAAGAGAAGUACCAACUACAGGGCCUAUUGAUAGGUCCACUCUUGGGCCAUCAUCAUUAAGAACUACUGUCCCGACACUCACCCCUGAAACAACCACAAACAUUCCGAUUGGUACAACACGUGGGCAAGUGACGGAACAGACAACCACAUCUCUAAGCGAAGGGACAACUGAAAGGGCUUCUGACGGUACUACCCUUUCUUCAGAAUCCGUGGAUGGAAGUACUCUACCCGAAAGUCGCGAAACACCCACGACUUUACCUCCGGGUACAACACCCGGACGAAUGACUGAACAAACGACAGAAUCCACAAGGGAAGUACCAACUACAGGGCCUAUUGAUAGGUCCACUCUUGGGCCAUCAUCAUUAAGAACUACUGUCCCGUUACUCACCCCUGAAACGACCACAAACAUUCCGAUUGGUAAAACACGUGGGCAAGUGACGGAACAGACGACCAAAUCUCUAAGCGAAGGGACAACUGAAAGGGCUUCUGACGGUACUACUAUUUCUUCAGAAUCAGUGGAUGGAAGUACUCUACCCGAAAGUCGCGAAAUACACACGACUUCACCUCCGGGUACAACACCCGGACGAAUGACUGAACAAACGACAGAAUCCACAAGUGAAGUACCAACUACAGGGCCUAUUGAUAGGUCCACUCUUGGGCCAUCAUCAUUAAGAACUACUGUCCCGUUACUCACCCCUGAAACGACCAGAAACAUUCCGAUUGAAACAACACGUAGGCAAGUGACGGAACAGACGACCAAAUCUCUAAGCGAAGGGACAACUGAAAGGGCUUCUGAUGUUACUACUCUUUCUUCAGAAUCCACGGUUGAAAAUACUCUACCCGAAAGUCGCGAAACGCCCACGACUUUACCUCCGGGUACAACACCCGGACGACUGACUGAACAAACGACAGAAUCCACAAGGGAAGUACCAACUACAGGGCCUAUUGAUAGGUCCACUCUUGGGCCAUCAUCAUUAAGAACUACUGUCCCGUUACUCACCCCUGAAGCGACCACAAACAUUCCGAUUGGUACAACACGUGGGCAAGUGACGGAACAGACGACCACAUCUCUAAUCGAAGAAACAACUGAAAGGGCUACUGACGGUACUAAUCUUUCUACAGAAUCCACUGAUGGAACUACUCUACCCCAAAGUCGCGAAACACCCACGACUUUACCUCCGGGUACAACACCCGGACGAAUGAUUGAACAAUCGACAGAAUCUACAAGAGAAGUACCAACUACAGGGCCUAUUGAUAUGUCCACUCUUGGGCCAUCAUCAUUAAGAACUACUGUCCAGACACUCACCCCUGAAACAACCACACACAUUCCGAUUGGUACAACACAUAGGCAAGUGACAGAACAGACAACCACAUCUCUAAUCGAAGAAACAACUGAAAGGACUACUGACGGUACUAAUCUUUCUACGGAGUCCAAGGAUGGAACUACUCUACCCCAUAGUCGCGAAACACCCACGACUUUACCUCCGGGUACAACACCCGGACGAAUAACUGAACAAACGACAGAAUCGACAAGGGAGGUACCAACUACAGGGCCUAUUGAUAGGUCCACUCUUGGGCCAUCAUCAUUAAGAACUACUGUCCCUACUCUCACCCCUGAAACAACCACAAACAUUCCAAUUGGUACAACACGUGGGCAAGUGACGGAACUGACGACCAAAUCUCUAAGCGAAGGGACAACUGAAAGGGCUUCUGAUGGUACUACUCUUUCUUCAGAAUCCACGGAUGGAAAUACUCUACCCGAAAGUCGCGAAAAUCUUUCUACAGAGACGGAACAGACAACCACAUCUCUAAUCGAAGAAACAACUGAAAGGGCUACUGACGGUUCUAAUCUUUCUACAGAGUCCACGGAUGGAACUACUCUACCCCAAAGUCCCAAAACACCCACAACUUUACCUCCGGGUACAACACCCGGACGAAUGACUCAACAAACGACCGAAUCUACAAGAGAAGUACCAACCACAGGGCCUAUUGAUACAUCCACUCUUGGGCCAUCAUCAUUAAGAACUACUGUCCCGACACUCACCCCUGAAACAACCACAAACAUUCCGAUUGGUACAACACGUGGGCAAGUGACGGAGCAGGCGACCAAAUCUCUAAGCGAAGAAACAACUGAAAGGGCUUCUGACGGUACAACUCUUUCUUCAGAGUCAACGGAUGGAACUACUCUACCCCAGAGUAGCGAAACACCCCCGACUUUACCUCCGGGUACAGCAACCGGACCAAUGACUGAAGAAUCGACAGAAUCUACAAGAGAAGUACCAACUACAGGGGCUAUUGAUAGGUCCACUCUUGGGCCAUCGUCAAUAAGAACUACUGUCCCGACACUCACCCCUGAAACAACCACAAACAUUCCGAUUGGUACAACACGUGGGCAAGUUACGGAACAGACAACCACAUCUCUAAUCGAAAAAACAACUGAAAGGGCUACUGACGGUACUAAUCUUUCUACAGAGUCCACGGAUGGAACUACUCUACCCCAAAGUCGCGAAACACCCACGACUUUACCUCCGGGUACAACACCCGGACGAAUGACUCAACAAACGACAGAAUCUACAAGAGAAGUACCAACUACAGGGCCUAUUGAUAGGUCCACUCUUGGGCCAUCAUCAUUAAGAACUACUGUCCCGACACUCACCCCUGAAACAACCACAAACAUUCCGAUUGGUACAACACGUGGGCAAGUGACGGAACAGACGACCAAAUCUCUAAGCGAAGGGACAACUGAAAGGGCUUCUGAUGCUACUACUCAUUCUUCAGAAUCCACGAAUGGAAAUACUCUACCCGAAAGUCGCGAAAUACCCACGACUUUACCUCCGGGUACAACACCAGGACGAAUGACUGAACAAACGACAGAAUCCACAAUGGAAGUACCAACUGCAGGGCCUGUUGAUAGGUCCACUCUUGGGCCAUCAUCAUUAAGAACUACUGUCCCUACACUCACCCCUGAAACAACCACAAACAUUCCAAUUGGUACAACACGUGGGCAAGUGACGGAACAGACAACCACAUCUCUAACCGAAGGGACAACUGAAAGGGCUUCUGACGGUACUACUAUUUCUUCAGAAUCCGUGGAUAGAAGUACUCUACCCGAAAGUCGCGAUACACCCACGACUUUACCUCAGGGUACAACACCCGGACGAAUGACUGAACAAACGACAGAAUCCACAAGGGAAGUACCAAGUACGGGGCCUAUUGAUAGAUCCACUCUUGGGCCAUCAUCAUUAAGAACUACUGUCCCGUUACUCACCCCUGUAGCGACCACAAACAUUCCGAUUGGUACAACACGUGGGCAAGUGACGGAACAGACGACCAAAUCUCUAAGCGAAGGGACAACUGAAAGGGCUUCUGACGGUACUACUCUUUCUUCAGAGUCAACGGAUGGAACUACUCUACCCCAGAGUAGCGAAACACCCCCGACUUUACCUCCGGGUACAGCACCCGGACCAAUGACUGAAGAAUCGACAGAAUCUACAAGAGAAGUACCAACUACAGGGGCUAUUGAUAUGUCCACUCUUGGGCCAUCAUCAUUAAGAACUACUGUCCAGACACUCACCCCUGAAACAACCACACACAUUCCGAUUGGUACAACACAUAGGCAAGUGACAGAACAGACAACCACAUCUCUAACCGAAGGGUCAACUGAAAGGGCUUCUGACGGUACUACUAUUUCUUCAGAAUCCGUGGAUAGAAGUACUCUACCCGAAAGUCGCGAUACACCCACGACUUUACCUCAGGGUACAACACCCGGACGAAUGACUGAACAAACGACAGAAUCCACAAUGGAAGUACCAACUGCAGGGCCUGUUGAUAGGUCCACUCUUGGGUCAUCAUCAUUAAGAACUACUGUCCUUACACUCACCCCUGAAACAACCACAAACAUUCCAAUUGGUACAACACGUGGACAAGUGACGGAACAGACAACCACAUCUCUAACCGAAGGGUCAACUGAAAGGGCUUCUGACGGUACUACUAUUUCUUCAGAAUCCGUGGAUAGAAGUACUCUACCCGAAAGUCGCGAUACACCCACGACUUUACCUCAGGGUACAACACCCGGACGAAUGACUGAACAAACGACAGAAUCCACAAUGGAAGUACCAACUGCAGGGCCUGUUGAUAGGUCCACUCUUGGGUCAUCAUCAUUAAGAACUACUGUCCCGACACUCACUCCUGAAACAACCACAAACAUUCCGAUUGGUACAACACGUGGGCAAGUGACGGAACAGGCGACCAAAUCUCUAAGCGAAGAAACAACUGAAAGGGCUUCUGACGGUUCUAAUCUUUCUACGGAGUCCACGGAUGGAACUACUCUACUCCAAAGUCGCGAAACACCCACGACUUUACCUCCGGGUACAACACCUGGACGAAUGACUGAACAAACGACAGAAUCCACAAUGGAAGUACCAACUGCAGGGCCUGUUGAUAGGUCCACUCUUGGGCCAUCAUCAUUAAGAACUACUGUCCCGACACUCACCCCUGAAACAACCACAAACAUUCCGAUUGGUACAACACGUGGGCAAGUGACGGUACAGGCGACCAAAUCUCUAAGCGAAGAAACAACUGAAAUGGCUUCUGACGGUACUACUCUUUCUUUAGAGUCAACGGAUGGAACUACUCUACCCCAAAGUCACAAAACACCUACGACUUUACCUCCGGGUACAACACCCGGACGAAUAACUCAACAAACGACAGAAUCUACAAGAGGAGUACCAACUACAGGGCCUAUUGAUAGGUCAACUCUUGGGCCACCAAGAACUACUGUCCCGACACUCACCCCUGAAACAACCACAAACAUUCCGAUUGGUACAACACGUGGACAAGUGACGGAACAGACAUCCACAUCUCUAAUCGAAGAAACAACUGAAAGGGCUACUGACGGUACUACUCUUUCUUUAGAGUCAACGGAUGGACCUACUCUACCCCAAAGUCACAAAACACCUACGACUUUACCUCCGGGUACAACACCCGGACGAAUAACUCAACAAACGACAGAAUCUACAAGAGGAGUACCAACUACAGGGCCUAUUGAUAGGUCAACUCUUGGGCCACCAAGAACUACUGUCCCGACACUCACCCCUGAAACAACCACAAACAUUCCGAUUGGUACAACACGUGGACAAGUGACGGAACAGACAUCCACAUCUCUAAUCGAAGAAACAACUGAAAGGGCUACUGACGGUACUAAUCUUUCUACAGAGUCCACGGAUGGAACUACUCUACCCCAAAGUCGCGAAACACCCACGACUUUACCUCCGGGUACAACACCCGGACGAAUGACUCAACAAACGACAGAAUCUACAAGAGGAGUACCAACUACAGGGCCUAUUGAUAGGUCAACUCUUGGGCCACCAAGAACUACUGUCCCGACACUCACCCCUGAAACAACCACAAACAUUCCGAUUGGUACAACACUUGGGCAAGUGACGGAACAGACAACCACAUCUCUAACCGAAGGGAAAACUGAAAGGGCUUCUGACGGUACUACUAUUUCUUCAGAAUCCGUGGAUAGAAGUACUCUACCCGAAAGUCGCGAUACACCCACGACUUUACCUCAGGGUACAACACCCGGACGAAUGACUGAACAAACGACAGAAUCCACAAGGGAAGUACCAACUACAGGGCCUAUUGAUAGAUCCACUCUUGGGCCAUCAUCAUUAAGAACUACUGUCCCGUUACUCACCCCUGAAGCGACCACAAACAUUCCGAUUGGUACAACACGUGGGCAAGUGACGGAACAGACGACCAAAUCUCUAAGCGAAGGGACAACUGAAAGGGCUUCUGACGGUACUACUCUUUCUUCAGAGUCCACGGAUGGAACUACUCUACCCCAGAGUCGCGAAACACCCACGACUUUACCUCCGGGUACAACCCCCGGACGAAUGACUCAACAAACGACAGAAUCUACAAGAGGAGUACCAACUACAGGGUCUAUUGAUAGGUCAACUCUUGGGCCACCAAGAACUACUGUCCCGACACUCACCCCUGAAACAACCACAAACAUUCCGAUUGGUACAACACGUGGGCAAAUGACAGAACAGACAUCCAAAUCUCUAAGCGAAGGGACAACUGAAAGGGCUUCUGACGGUACUACUCUUUCUUCAGAGUCCACGGAUGGAACUACUCUACCCCAGAGUCGCGAAUCACCCACGUCUUUACCUCCGGGUACAACACCCGGACGAACGACUCAACAAACAACAGAAUCCACAAGAGAAGUACCAACUACAGGGUCCACUCUUGGGCCAUCAUCAUUAAGAACUACUGUCUCGACACUCACCCCUGAAACAACCACAAACAUUCCGAUUGGUACAACACGUGGGCAAGUGACGGAACAGACAUCCACAUUUCUAAUCGAAGAAACAACUGAAAGGGCUACUGACGGUACUAAUCUUUCUACGGAGUCCUCGGAUGGAACUACUCUACCCUAUAGUCGCGAAACACCCACGACUUUACCUCCGGGUACAACAGCCGUACGAAUGACUAAACACACUACAGAAUCUACAAGAGAAGUCCCAACUGUACCAACUACAGAACCUGCUUAUAGUCAAGCUAAAUUGGAAACUACCGGCUCAACCACCACGGCCCAAACGAGCUUUAAUAUUACGAUUGGUACAUCUCCGAGUUUCAUGACAACUGCAGUGGCAACGGAUACAACUAUUCCACCAGAAAGUUUCGAAAAACCCACAUCAAAAACUCAUGAAACAACUACAUAUACACCAACUGAUAAAAGUUCAACUGCGGAAUCUGUUGACCUUACUACAUUUGAUUACACCUUAUCAGAAAAAGUUCAGCCAAUCACUACUAUUUUUCCUGUUUUAAACGAAUCCACUCCUAUAUCGGUUUUGAAACCCGUUGCAUCAACAACGCCUAUUGCGACAGACCUUACUGUGACAGAUAGCCCAACGACAGAAUUUGAAAAGAACUGCAGAACAGAUUACGAAUGCUCAGACGACCAGACUUGCUUAGGAGGGCUGUGCAUAUCCCCUUGCGAAUACUUUACCAAUAUCUGCACUGUGCAGAAUCUGACUAUUUGUCGUACAUUAAACCACACCACAUUGUGCUUCUGUGAUACCGCCGAUGAUGUAAAUAGACCCGAUUGCUCUAUGAAAGCAGAAAUCGGUUGCGCAUCGAGUGAUGAGUGCCCCUCCCAGCAGGCGUGCAUUAAUGCUCUUUGCGUGGAUCCUUGCACCUACAGUAAUCCCUGCAGCCGUAAUGAGGAUUGCCGUGUUCUUAACCAUCAGCCGUUGUGCUCAGCCGAACAUGGUCGCACGCCUGGCUGCGAGCAUUGUCCACCAGGCGCAAACUGUGAUCCCACAACCGGUGCUUGCAUAAAGGCUAAUGUAACAAUAACAACUAUUACUACCAAGAACUCCACAACUACCAAGAUACCAACGAAACCAAGAACAACAGCUAACCCAAACACAGGCGUCAAAACGACGCCGACUACCACAAGGGUCACCACAAGAAACACCACCACCACUACGACCACAACCACUACUACCACUUCCUCCACUAGCACUGAAUCGAGCACAAUCACAAGCGCUACUAACCAGACCAGUAAGAGCCAAAAACCAGACACAGAAAGCACCACCUCCCACACCGAUGCCACAAGGCGCUACCGCGAUGGUGAGAACAAUAUCACCGAUACACCAACUCCGAGGCCCCCGAUCCAGACGACGACGUUGCGGGGCGAAGAUAUUAUAAGUGACAGUCAAAGGCGGACCACUACAACGCCCAAAAUGAAGACCACCAGGCUAGAUACUUCCAACGAAGUUCCAGACACCACGACGGCAUGGCCGAUCGAAUUGCCGACCACGGAGGGCACCACCACGGAGGUCUACAGCACCAACACCAUGAUUGCCCCACUGGGCAACACCACUGACAUCUCAUUAAUUAACCCAUGUACAGUAGAUACUAACUGUGCCCCUAACGAGCACUGUAAGCUGGGGCAUUGCCGUAAGAAAGUAGCGCCGCCGGGUUCACCGAAAACACCCGAGCCCUGUCAAUCUAACAACGACUGCAUUGAGAGCGAGGCCUGUUACAUGGGGGUGUGCCAGGAUCCGUGCGAGUUUGCCAAGAUUUGUGCCGCGAGUGCCAAGUGCACGGCCAAGAGUCAUCGACCGGUUUGCACCUGUCCUCAGGGUCAUGAGGGCAAUCCGAUGGUCAAAUGUGUAACCACUCAAACCUCAAUUGAAUGCACUGACAAUUCGGACUGCGGAGUCACGGAAGCGUGCAUCAAUCAGCUCUGCCAGCAUCCAUGCGAUGUUCAUGAUCCUUGUGCCACAAAUGCUGUUUGCAUCAACAGCAACCAUGCUGCCGAUUGCAGCUGUUCGGAUGGCUUCCAGGGCAAUGGAUUUGUUGGCUGCCAGCCAGCACGUCCCCAUGUCUGCCAAUACAAUGAGGACUGUCCGCCGACGAAGCUCUGCGAUCGCCUUAACCGGCGCUGCAUUAAUCCCUGCCAGGAGGACUCCUGUGGCGAGAAUGCCGAGUGUAUUCCUGUGAACCACGGAACUGAUUGUCGCUGCCUGCCCGGUUUCCUGGGCAACGCCUAUGUGCAAUGUCUGCCUAGUCAAGGCUGCCGUUCCGAUUCUGAGUGCGACUUCAAUCAGGCCUGCAUCAACGGAAAGUGCUCAUCGCCCUGCCAGUGUGGAGCCUUUGCCCUCUGCGAUGUGGUCAACCAUCGUGGGGUGUGCAAAUGCCCUCCUGGCUACACCGGAAAUCCUCAGGUGGGCUGCAGUCCGCCUCGAGACCCAUGCGAUCCCAAUCCAUGUGGCUUAAAUGCCCUGUGUGAGCUGGACAAUGGCAACCCCAUCUGCUACUGCCCCAAGGGACUAACCGGAAAUCCGUUUAAAAAUUGCAUUCCGGAAGGAGAUGAGUGCUCACCGAAUCCCUGUGGUCCCAAUUCCGGAUGCCGUCGCGUAGAUGGCAACCCGAUUUGCUUCUGCCUGCCAGAGUACGAGGGUCAGCCGCCGUCGAUUCCUUGCGAGUUACCUUCGAAUCCCUGCGAUCCUUCGCCUUGCGGUCCGAAUACCCAGUGCUCCGUACUCAGCAACGGUUUCUCCAAGUGCACCUGUCUGCCCAACUAUGUGGAGAGUCCAAACACCAUUCGUGGCUGUGUGGAGCCCAUUAACCCGUGUGACCCCAACCCUUGUGGAACUGGUGCCAUUUGCGAUUCAUCACGUCAGCCCGUGUGCUACUGUCCGGACAACAAGAUUGGAAAUCCUUUCAGGCUGUGCGACAAGCCAGCCGUUACCAUUGAGCUCUGCCAGCCAGGACCAUGUGGCCGAAAUGCCGACUGCUAUGUGGCUGGAAAUCGCGAAGAGUGCUACUGUCGCUCCGGAUAUGUGGGAGAUGCCUACCAAGGAUGCCGUGAACCAAGUCGCACCGUUUGCGAUCCCAAUCCUUGCGGACCGAAUGCCAACUGCGUGGUGGCCGGCGAUGGACAAACCGCCUGCGUUUGUCCCGAUGGCUUGUCCGGUGAUCCCACUUCGCUGAUCGGCUGCCACGGGUACGAGUGCCAAGUGGACGCCGAUUGCCCGAACAGCAAGGCCUGCAUGGGCUACCGCUGCUACGAUCCCUGUCCUGGAGCCUGUGGCCAAGGGGCCCACUGCCGGGUGGAGGAACAUCACCCAGUUUGCUCAUGUAAUUCUGGAUUGACUGGCAACCCAGGAGUUCGCUGCUAUGCACUGGACCAUCCCAAGACGAAUCCAUGCGUUCCCAGCCCGUGUGGCCGGAAUAGCGAAUGUAAGCUGUUGAACAACCGUGCUGUUUGCUCGUGCAUCCCAGGUUACCUGGGUGAUCCGCAGUCGGGAUGCCAGCCAGAGUGCGACAUCAACUCCGAUUGCGGUGAGACCUUGUCGUGCAUCAACCACAAGUGCGUGGAUCCUUGUGCCGGAGCUAUAUGUGGCAUUAAUGCCAUAUGUAAUGUACGCCAGCACACGCCAGUAUGUCUUUGCUUGGACGGAUUUGUUGGCGAUGCCUUUUUACAGUGCGUUGCCAUUGGAGUGCUAAAGAACGUGUCGCGGGAUCCGUGUGCCCCGUCGCCCUGUGGACCCCAUGACGUCUGCUCGGUGUUCGGCGAUGGAGUUGCCCUUUGCGAUCCCUGCUUCGGACCCAAUGCCCAACAGAACCCCCGCUGUCGACCGGAGUGUGUGGCCAACUCUGACUGUCCGUUCGAUCGUGCCUGUUUGGGACAACGCUGUCAGGAUCCCUGCCCCGGAUCCUGCGGACGGAAUGCAGUGUGUAAUGUUUACGAGCAUAACCCUGUCUGCGCUUGUUCCACGGGACUCUUUGGCAACCCGUACGAACAGUGUACGACACUGUCGGUAAUUGAGCCACCACCACAACCAAGCUGCGCCAAGCUCCACUGCGGUGCCAAUGCGGAGUGCAAGCGUCAGCACAGUGGAUUGGCCUGCGUGUGCCGUAAGGGUUACUUUGGAGACCCGCAUAUCGGCUGUCGGCCAGAGUGCGUCCUGAAUAGUGACUGCCCUGCGGAGAAGGCCUGCCUAAACUCCAAGUGCGUGGAGGCUUGUGCCGGAGUGUGUGGCAUCAAUGCCGUAUGCCGCGUGGUUAACCAUGCCCCAGUUUGCAUCUGUGCCGAGGGAUACAGUGGUGAUGCAGCCAUUGCCUGUAACCCCUUUUACCUGCCACCUCCAGUGCGACCAAAUCCAUGUGAACCAUCGCCCUGUGGACCGAAUUCGCGUUGCAAGGCCACCCCAGAUGGCUAUGCAGCCUGUUCCUGCCUGCCGAACUUUAAGGGAGCCCCACCAGUCUGCCAGCCUGAGUGCGUGGUCAGCUCGGAGUGUGCUCCUAACCAGGCCUGUCUGAAUCAGAGGUGCGCCGAUCCCUGUCCGGGUAUCUGUGGAGGUGGAGCCCGCUGCGAAGUGCUCAACCACAACCCGAUCUGUUCCUGUGAGCAAAACUUCGAUGGCGAUCCAUUCGUGGCCUGCUCACCUAUUCAGGAUCCAGGUCGCGACAUCGCUGUGCCAAAGAACCCAUGCGUGCCAUCCCCUUGCGGACCCAACUCCAUAUGCCAGAUCAAACAAAACCGACCUGUCUGUUCGUGCGUGGCCAACUACAUUGGCACUCCGCCGUUUUGCCGGCCGGAGUGCACGCUGAGCAGCGAGUGUCCGUCGGACAAGGCCUGCAUCCAGGAGAAGUGCCAGAAUCCGUGUGCCAACAUAUGUGGACACAAUGCCCGUUGUACGGUCAUCGCCCACUCAGCCCACUGCAGCUGCGAUGAGGACUACGAGGGAGAUGCCUUCAUUGGCUGCUCCAAGAAAAUUACAGACAGAGACCACAUCGAUCCGUGCUACCCCAAUCCAUGUGCUGAGAAUGCUGUGUGCACGCCUCACAAUAACGCCGCUCGCUGUAGUUGCAUUGAGCCCUACAAUGGCGAUCCCUACAGCACCGGAUGUCGUCCGGAAUGUAUCUACAGCGCGGAGUGUCCUUCAUCGCUGGCCUGCAUAAAGCAGCACUGUCGCGAUCCCUGCACGGCUGCCUGCGGUCCAAAUGCCGAGUGCGCGGUGGUUAACCACUUGCCCUCUUGCAGUUGUACCCGAGGAUUCGAGGGUAAUCCCUUCGAAGGAUGCAAGCGCGUGCCGAUUGUCAGACCCGUGAGCGUGUGUGAGCCAAAUCCAUGUGGACCCAAUAGCAUCUGUCGAACCGUCGAGGGACAUCCCACGUGCAGUUGCCAGGUUGGAUACUUUGGAGCCCCGCCUCAGUGCAGACCCGAAUGUGUGGUCAGCUCGGAGUGUGCCCAGAAUCAGGCCUGCAUCAACCAAAAGUGUACGGAUCCAUGUGCCGAGACCUGCGGAUUCAAUGCCAAAUGUCAAGUUAGCAACCACAACCCCAUCUGCUCCUGCCCAGCCAAUUAUGUUGGCGAUCCGUUUGAGCAAUGUGUCCCAAAACCAGCACCAGAACCGACACGCAAUGUGGAUCCCUGCCUGCCCAGCCCAUGUGGCUCCAACUCCAUUUGUCGCAAUGUGAACAGCAGAGCGGAGUGCUCCUGUGCCCCUGGAAUGUUCGGGGCCCCGCCCAACUGCCGACCGGAAUGUGUGAUUAACCAAGAUUGUCCUUCGAAUCGGGCGUGCAUACGUCAGCGAUGCGAGGAUCCUUGCAUUGGCAUUUGCGGCUUUAAUGCCGUCUGCUCCACUCAGCACCACCAACCCAAGUGCAGUUGCAUUGAGAGCUUCGAAGGUGAUCCGUACACCGCCUGCAGAAUGCGUGAGAUCGUGGUGCCAGAUCCACCCUCCGACCCAUGCUACCCAUCGCCAUGUGGUGCCAAUGCCAUUUGUCGCGUGCGCAAUGGAGCCGGCUCCUGCUCGUGCAUUCAGAACUACUUCGGUGAUCCGUACAUCAACUGCCGCCCGGAGUGCGUGCAGAAUAGCGACUGUCCCGGCAGUCGGGCCUGUAUUAACAUGAAGUGCCGCGAUCCUUGUGCCAAUGCCUGUGGAUUUAAUGCCAUCUGUCGGGUGGCCCACCAUCAACCCGUGUGCAGCUGUGAGCCUGGUUUUACCGGCAAUCCACUCCGCGCUUGCGUCGAAAGGCCCACAAAUAUGUACCUGCCCCUGCCCAAAGACCCUUGUAGACCCUCGCCGUGUGGCCUCUUCAGUACUUGUCAUGUGGUUAGGGACCGACCCGUGUGUGCCUGCCUGCCAGACUACAUGGGCGCUCCACCCAACUGCAAGCCAGAGUGCAUGACCAGUGCGGAGUGUCCUUCAGAUAGGGCCUGCAUAAACCAACGUUGCAAAGAUCCCUGCCCCGGCACAUGUGGCUUCAACGCCCGUUGUCGAUGCACCAAUCACUCGCCAAUCUGCAGUUGCUACGAUGGGUACACCGGGGAUCCGUUCCACCAGUGCGUGCCUGAAAGAAAACCACCACCAAUCCCAGCCGAUCCCAUUGUUCCGUCCAAUCCCUGUGUGCCGUCACCAUGUGGACCCAACUCCCAGUGUCAAGUUUCGAGCAGUGGAGCCGUAUGCUCCUGCGUAACCAAUUACAUAGGACGACCACCGGGUUGUCGACCAGAGUGCAGCAUCAAUUCCGAGUGUCCGGCCAGAAUGGCCUGCGUCAAUGCUCGUUGUGCCGAUCCCUGCAUCGGAUCAUGUGGAAAUAAUGCCCUCUGCCAUGUCAGCCUGCAUACACCGGUUUGCAUGUGCGAACCUGGUUUCUCCGGCGAUCCAUUCUCCGGCUGCUAUAAGAUCAUAGAGACCCCCAUUGAAGUGAUCCAACCCUGUCGCCCAAGUCCGUGCGGCUUGAAUGCACUGUGCGAGGAGCGAAAUCAGGCAGCCGCCUGCAAGUGUCUGCCGGAAUACUUUGGCGAUCCGUAUGUCGAGUGCCGCCCCGAGUGUGUUAUUAAUUCGGACUGUCCCAGGUCGCGAGCCUGUGUCAACCAGAAGUGCGUGGAUCCAUGUCCGGGAAUGUGCGGACACAGCGCCCAAUGCGCCGUCUUUAAUCACGCCCCCAACUGCGAGUGCGUACCUGGUUACACGGGUAACCCCAUCGUCGGUUGCCUUCUCGUCCCCGAGACUCCGCGUUAUCCCGACCCCAUAGUGCCCGAAAACCCUUGUCAACCAUCGCCCUGCGGCCUCUACAGCAUUUGUCGUCCUGUUAAUGACCACGCAGUCUGCUCCUGUGUGCCCAACCAUAUCGGUUCCCCUCCCAACUGCCGGCCCGAGUGCAUGAGCAGCUCGGAGUGCGCACAGGACAAGUCGUGCAUCAACGAGCGCUGCAAGGAUCCCUGUCCAGGCACCUGCGGCAACAACGCACUCUGCCGCGUGGUUAACCACAACCCCAUCUGCUCCUGCAGUCCCGGCUUCAGCGGUGAUCCGUUCGUGCGCUGCUUCCCGCAAGAGAUAGAGCGGCCGCCCAUCACCCAUGAUCGCAUCGAUCCGUGUGUGCCCACGCCAUGUGGGCCCAACUCUCUGUGCCGGGUGUCGGCUGCCAAUGAGCAGGCUGUCUGCUCAUGCUUGGAGCAUUACGUGGGUAGGGCGCCGAACUGCCGGCCGGAGUGCACCUCGGACUCCGAGUGCCCCGGCAAUUCGGCCUGCAUCAAUCUGCGCUGCCGGGAUCCGUGUGUCGGUACCUGCGGCAUCCAGACCACUUGCCUUGUAAAUAAUCAUAGACCCAUUUGCCGCUGCAUUGAGGGCUAUGCAGGGGACCCAUUCUCAGAGUGUAGUCCGAAGAUUAAUGUGCCGCCAGAGGUGGCACAGCCCUGCAACCCGAGUCCCUGCGGCGCCAAUGCGGUUUGCAAGGAGCGCAAUGGCGUAGGUUCCUGCACCUGCCUGCCGGAGUACAAUGGAGAUCCGUACACCGAGUGCCGUCCAGAGUGCGUGCUGAAUAGUGACUGCUCGAAGAACCGCGCCUGCCUCAACAACAAAUGCCGCGAUCCCUGUCCGGGUGUCUGUGGCGUGUCCGCCGAGUGUCAUGUGAUCAACCACGCCCCCAGCUGUAGUUGCCCAUCUGGAUUCACUGGCAAUCCCUCGCAAUACUGCCGGGAGAUACCAAGAUUGCCCGCACCUGUUGAACCGUGUCGUCCUUCGCCAUGCGGUCCUUACAGCCAGUGCCGUGAGGUGAACGGACAUGCGGUCUGCUCCUGCGUUACGAACUACAUUGGCACUCCGCCUGCCUGUCGUCCGGAGUGCUCGGUUAGUUCCGAAUGUGCUCAGGACAGGGCAUGUGCCAAUCAGCGCUGUGUGGACCCAUGUCCGGGCACCUGUGGCAACGAGGCCCUCUGUAAGGUGACCAACCACAACCCGAUCUGCUCCUGCCCAGCCGGCUACAGCGGCGAUCCUUUCGUGCGCUGUGCACCGUGGCAGGAGGAACCGGAGCAGCCCAAGUCCAAUGAGAAUCCCUGCGUGCCCAGUCCCUGCGGACGCAAUUCCCAGUGCCGUGUCGUGGGUGAGACGGGUGUGUGCUCCUGCCUGCCCAAUUUCGUGGGCAGGGCUCCCAACUGUCGUCCAGAGUGCACACUCAACACCGAGUGUCCUGCCACUUUGGCAUGUGUCAAUGAACGCUGUCAGGAUCCCUGUCCGGGAUCGUGCGGCUUCAAUGCCUACUGCAGUGUGGUGAAUCACUCGCCCGUCUGCUCUUGCGACAAUGGUUUCACUGGUGAUCCCUUCGCCGGCUGCAAUCCACAACCUCCCACCGUACCCGAUGAACGCCUGACUCCCUGCCAACCCUCGCCCUGUGGCCCGAAUGCCGAGUGCCGCGAGCGCAACGGAGCCGGCUCCUGUACGUGUUUGCCGGAGUACUUCGGUGAUCCGUACAGUGGCUGUCGUCCGGAGUGCGUGGUGAACAGUGAUUGUUCGCGCGACAAGUCGUGUGUCAACCAGAAAUGCGUGGACCCAUGUCCAGGUGUUUGUGGCUUGAACGCCCAGUGUCGUGUUUCCAAUCAUCUGCCCAGCUGCUCUUGUCUGGCCGGUUACACUGGAAAUCCGUCGAGCGCGUGCCGUGAAAUUCCACAGUUGCCUCCACCACCCGAACGGGAUGAGAACCCCUGUCGACCUUCGCCCUGCGGCGCCUACAGCCAAUGUCGCGAGGUUAACGGUCAUGCCGUGUGCUCCUGCCUACAGGGCUUCGUUGGCUCAGCACCCAACUGCCGACCCGAGUGCAUCAUUAGCUCGGAUUGCGCCCAAGAUCUCAACUGUCAGAAUCAAAAGUGCGUGGACCCGUGUCCGGGCACUUGCGGCAUUGAGGCCCGCUGCCAGGUCAUUAACCACUAUCCCGCAUGCUCCUGUGCCCCAGGUUUUACCGGAGAUCCCUUCAACCGAUGCACAAAGAUAUUGUUGGAGCCCCCACCCGCCGAAAAAUCCGGUAAUCCCUGCAUCCCCUCACCGUGCGGACCCAACUCGAAAUGCCUCGAUGUCCGCGGUUCGCCUGCAUGCUCCUGUCUGCCCGACUACCUGGGACGUCCGCCCAACUGCCGGCCCGAGUGCCUCAGUAGUGCCGACUGUCCUGCCAAUCUGGCCUGUGUCAACCAGCGCUGCUCGAAUCCAUGCAUCGGCGCCUGUGGCCUGCAUUCCGUGUGCACGGUCAUCAAGCACCGACCGACAUGCGAGUGUGUGCCUGGUUACACCGGAGAUCCCUUCUCCGGCUGUGCGAUUGUGCAGCAAAUUGCUGUCAUAGACGAACCGAGAAAUCCAUGCAAUCCCAGCCCCUGUGGAGCCAAUGCUAUCUGUCGGGAGCGCAAUGGAGCUGGCUCUUGUGCCUGCCUGCCAGAAUACUUUGGAGAUCCGUACAGUGGGUGCCGGCCGGAAUGUGUCCAGAAUGACGAUUGCGAUCGGUCGCGUGCCUGCAUCAACAACAAGUGCCAGGAUCCAUGUCCAGGAGCCUGCGGCAUCAACGCCGAGUGUAGGGUCUUGAAUCACGGACCCAAUUGCAACUGUUUCGAAGGCUAUACCGGAGAUCCGCAUAGGUCGUGCUCGCUGAUCGAGGUGGUCACCAGACGGCCGGAUAACCCAUGUAAGCCGUCGCCCUGCGGACCUUACAGCCAGUGUUUGGACACCAACAGCCAUGCGGUGUGCAGCUGCCUGGAGGGCUAUAUUGGAGCUCCGCCCAGCUGCAAACCAGAGUGCGUGGUCAGUUCAGAGUGCCCCCAGAAUAGAGCUUGCAUCAAUCAGAAGUGCGAGGAUCCGUGCCGCGGAUCGUGCGGUAAUAAUGCCAGGUGCCAGGUGGUGAACCACAAUCCUAUCUGUACCUGCCAAGCGGGCAUGACCGGAGAUCCCAUCUCGGGCUGUGAGCCCACUCCAACCGUGAAGGAAGUGGACGACAACCCGUGUGUGCCGUCGCCAUGUGGACCCAACUCGAAUUGCCGUGAGAUUGGCAAACAGGCCGCUUGCUCCUGCCAGACAAGCUUCAUUGGACGUCCGCCCAAUUGCCGACCGGAAUGUACGAACAACGACGAGUGCCAGAACCAUCUGUCCUGCCAGCAGGAGCGAUGUGUCGACCCAUGUCCCGGCUCGUGUGGCAGCAACGCCAUCUGCCAGGUGGUGCAGCACAAUGCUGUGUGCUCCUGCGCCGAUGGCUAUGAGGGUGAACCGCUCUUCGGCUGCCAGCUGAUCCCGGCUGUGACGCCAACUGAGUCACCUGGCUCUCCCUGCGAACCAUCGCCCUGCGGCCCACAUGCCGAGUGUCGGGAGAGGAACGGAGCUGGAGCUUGUUACUGCCACGAAGGAUUCGAGGGUAAUCCGUAUGAUGCCCAGCGAGGAUGCCGUCGAGAGUGCGAGAAUAACGACGAAUGUUCCGCUGUACAAGCCUGCUCUCGCUUCAAGUGCGUUGAUCCGUGCAACAACAUCUGCGGAGACUAUGCCAUUUGCACAGUGGACAAACACGUGCCAACUUGUGACUGCCCGCCGGGAUACACUGGGGAUCCGUUCUUCAGCUGCAAGCCUGUGCCGGUUACCCCGCGACCUCCACUGAACCCAUGCAAUCCGUCCCCCUGCGGACCCAACAGCAACUGCCGUGCCAUGAACAACCAGGCAGUGUGCUCCUGCCAGGCAGGAUUCAUUAACCAGCCGCCCAACUGCAAACCCGAGUGCGUGGUCAGCGCCGAGUGUGCUCCGGAAAGAGCCUGUGUAAACAAGAAGUGCGUGGAUCCAUGUCUACACACCUGCGGCAUCAGAGCCAUCUGCACCACCAAGAACCACAGUCCCAUCUGCACGUGUCCACGUACAAUGACCGGAGAUCCGUUUGUCGAGUGCACUAGAGUUGCAAUCACACAUGACAGUACCACACCUUCGCCGCCACCCGCAUCAUGUGUUCCAUCUCCUUGCGGACCAAACGCCAAGUGCCAGAUUGUGGGCAACAGUCCGGCCUGCUCCUGCCUGCCAAACUUCAUCGGAGCGCCGCCCCGGUGUCGCCCGGAGUGCGUGUUGAACUCUGAAUGCGGACCCACAGAGGCGUGUAUCAACCAGAAGUGCGCCGAUCCCUGCUCCGGAUCUUGUGGAUUCGAGGCCAAGUGCCAUGUGCUUAACCACCUGCCCAUCUGCAACUGCAUCGAGGGCUUCGAGGGAGAUCCGUUCGUGCGCUGCACCAAAAAGGAAGAAGUCAAAACGCCAACCGUGAACGAUCCAUGCAACCCGAGCCCGUGCGGUCAAAACGCAGACUGCUUUGCCGGAGAGUGUCGCUGCCAGAAUAAUUACCAAGGAAAUGCCUACGAGGGCUGCCGUCCGGAGUGCACACUCUCGGCAGAUUGUCCCAGGGACAAGGCCUGUAUGCGCAACCGCUGUGUGGAUCCCUGCCCGGGCAUCUGCGGCAACAAUGCCAUGUGCGAGGUGAUGAACCACAUUCCGGUGUGCUCAUGCUUCCAGGGCUACGAGGGAGAUCCGUUCGUGAACUGUCGCGUGAAACCAGUCGUGGAGGACCCUAUUGUUGAGGCCUGCUCCCCAUCGCCGUGUGGUUCCAACAGCCAGUGCCGUGAUGUCAACGGCCAUGCAGUGUGCUCUUGCCUGGAGGGUUAUAUCGGAGCACCGCCUCAGUGUCGUCCCGAGUGCGUGGUGUCCAGCGAGUGCUCCGCUUUGCAGGCUUGUGUCAACAAGAAGUGCGUGGAUCCCUGCGCCGCUGCCUGCGGAUUGGAGGCCCGCUGUGAAGUCAUCAACCAUAGCCCGAUCUGUGGUUGUCCACCUGGCCGAACUGGUGAUCCGUUCAAGCAGUGCGUGGUCCUGCCACCGAUUCCUGUACCGGAUGUCAAAACUCCCCAAGAUCCUUGCCUUCCCUCGCCCUGUGGACCCAAUUCCAUCUGCAAGGCCGAUCGGAAUGGUCCCGUCUGCCAGUGCCAACCCGAGUUCUUUGGCUCGCCACCCAACUGUCGUCCGGAGUGCAUCAUCAAUCCGGACUGUCAAUCGACACAGGCGUGCAUCAACAACAAGUGCAGCAAUCCUUGCCCAGAAUCCUGCGGAACCAACGCCGAGUGUCGUGUCAUCGGACACGCUGUUUCCUGCUCCUGCCCAACCGGAUAUGCUGGCAACGCCUUCGUUCAAUGCGUGCCUCAGCAGGAGGAACCACCUAAGCCUUGCCAGCCAUCGCCAUGUGGAGCCAAUGCCGAGUGCAUCGAGCGGAAUGGAGCCGCUGCCUGCAAGUGUAUUGAUGAGUACCAGGGCAAUCCCUACGAGGGCUGUCGCCCCGAGUGCGUAUUGAGCUCGGAUUGUCCCACGGACAAGGCGUGCAUCCGCAACAAGUGCCAGGAUCCUUGUCCCGGAAUAUGUGGAUUGAACGCCCAGUGUUAUGCCGUUAACCAUGUGCCCAACUGUGCCUGCAACGAUGGCUUUACUGGGGAUCCGUUCGGCAGUUGUCGCCGAGUGGAAGUCUCAAAGCCACCACCAGUUGGAGAUCCCUGCAUUCCGUCCCCCUGCGGAGCCAACAGCAAAUGCAGGGUGGCCAAUGGCUUGGCCGUGUGCUCUUGCCUGGAUACCUUCAUCGGAGCUCCGCCCAAUUGCAAACCAGAGUGCACGGUCAAUGCCGAGUGUCCCUCGACCAAGGCGUGUCAUAAGUUCCGCUGUGCCAAUCCCUGCGCCAAGACGUGUGGCCUGAAUGCCAAGUGCGAGGUGAUAAACCACAACCCGAUCUGCAGUUGUCCAUUGGACAUGACGGGCGAUCCGUUCGCCCGCUGCUAUCCAGCUCCCCCGCAGCCGCCUCCAGGACCCAGGGAUGAGCCUGUGAAGAGACCAUGCCAACCCUCGCCGUGUGGAUUGAACUCAGAGUGUAGGGUGCGCGACGAGCAGGCCUCCUGCUCCUGCCUGCCCAACUUUAUUGGAGCACCGCCCAACUGUCGUCCCGAGUGCGUUGUUAACACAGAUUGCUCGCCGGACAGAGCUUGCAUUGCCGAAAAGUGUCGCGAUCCUUGUGAUGGAUCCUGCGGAGUAGACUCCGACUGUCGGGUUCAGAACCACCUGGCCAUCUGUACUUGUCGCGGAGGAUUCACCGGUGAUCCGUUUGUCCGUUGCAUCGAGUUCAUCGAAGAGACCACAAAGUCACCGCCACUCACCCAGGAUCCGUGCGAUCUGCAGCCAUGUGGAUCGAAUGCCGAGUGCAGGAAUGGUAUCUGUAGCUGUCUGCCGGAAUACCAGGGAGAUCCCUACACCGGCUGUCGCCCAGAAUGUACCUUGAGCACCGACUGUCCACCUACCAAGGCAUGCCUGAACAAGAAGUGCGUGGAUCCCUGCCCCGGAGUUUGUGGCCAGAACUCGCAGUGCGAUGUUUCGAACCAUAUACCGAUAUGCAGUUGCCUGCAGGGCUACACGGGUGAUCCGUUCGUGCAUUGUCGUCACGAGACGCCAGUUGCGAAGGAUCCAUGUCAGCCAAAUCCCUGCGGACCCAACAGCUUGUGCCACAUUUCCGGCCAAGGACCAGUGUGUGCCUGCCAACCGGGAAUGCUGGGCUCACCACCCGCCUGCAAACCGGAAUGCAUCGUCAGCUCAGAGUGCUCGCUGCACAUGGCCUGUGUGAACAGGAAGUGCGUGGAUCCCUGCCCCGGAGCUUGUGGACAAUUUGCCCGUUGCCAGGUGAUCAACCACAACCCGUCGUGCUCUUGCAAUACGGGCUACACCGGCGAUCCGUUCACUCGAUGCUACCAAGAGGAGCGAAAACCACCACCGACGCCAGAGAACCCAUGUCAGCCAUCUCCUUGUGGACCUAAUUCCGAGUGCAAGGUGCUGAAUGGAAACGCAGCCUGCUCGUGUGCGGCCACUUUUAUUGGAACGCCACCCAGCUGCCGACCCGAAUGCUCCAUCAAUCCGGAAUGUCCGCCGACCAAGGCCUGCAUACGGCAAAAGUGCUCCAAUCCUUGCGAGAAUGCCUGUGGAUUUAAUGCCCGCUGUAAUGUGGCCAAUCAUCAACCCAUCUGCACCUGCGAUGUGGGCUAUACUGGAGAUCCGUUCACCGGCUGUCAAAAGGAGCAAGAACGCAUUGUCAAUGAGCAGGUGACCCCCUGCGAACCCAAUCCCUGCGGCUCAAAUGCAGUUUGUCGCGAAAGAAAUGUCAUCGGUUCCUGCCAGUGCCUGCCCGAUCACUUUGGUGACCCCUACCAGUCGUGUCGCCCGGAGUGCGUUCGUCACUCGGACUGCGCCUCCAACAAGGCGUGCCAGCAGCAAAAGUGUCGCGAUCCCUGCCCAGGCACUUGUGGCAGCAAUGCGGACUGCAGUGUAACUAACCACCUACCAACCUGUACUUGUCGCAUUGGAUACACGGGCGACCCGUACCGCUACUGCCAUGUGGAACCACCACAACUCCCUGCUCGUGUGACCGAACCCACGCAGCCCUGUCGCCCCUCACCGUGUGGUCCCAACUCCCAGUGUCGCGAACUCAACGGCCAGGCCGUGUGCUCCUGCCUAGAGCUCCACGUCGGUCUGCCCCCCAACUGCCGACCCGAGUGUGUCCUCAGUACCGAAUGUCCCACCGAUAAGGCUUGCAUCAGCCAACGUUGUCAGGAUCCUUGUCCAGGCACUUGUGGCAUUAAUGCCGAGUGCCGGGUGCGUAAUCACAGUCCUUUGUGUCAGUGUCGUCAAGGUUUCACCGGUGAUUCCUUUACCCGUUGUUAUGCCCUGCCACCCCCACCGCCUGAAAUCCAGCGUAUUGAACUUGAUCCCUGCCUGCCAUCGCCCUGCGGUCUGAAUAGUCAGUGCCGUAAUGUGCAGGGUGUGCCAUCCUGUUCCUGUCUGCCAGAUUUCUUGGGGGUACCGCCCAACUGUCGACCCGAGUGCACUAUCAGUGCAGAAUGUCCAUCCAAUCUGGCUUGCAUACGCGAGAAGUGUAUCGAUCCCUGCCCCGGUUCUUGUGGCUUUGCCGCCGAGUGUAAUGUGGUAAACCACACGCCCAUUUGCGUGUGUCCAGCUGGUUUUACGGGUGAUCCUUUUAGUAGCUGUCGUCUUGCGCCGCCACCUGAGCCUACUCAAAACGAAUAUGUUGAUCCCUGCAACCCAUCGCCUUGUGGCCCCAAUGCGCAGUGCAACACUGGAGUGUGCACUUGUUUGGCCGAAUUCCAUGGGGAUCCCUACUCCGGCUGCCGGCCCGAGUGCGUCUUGAGUUCCGAUUGCCCCAGAGACAAGGCUUGCCAUCGUAGCAAAUGUGUGAACCCCUGUCCGGGAACUUGUGGCGAAAAUGCCAUUUGCGAUGUCAUCAAUCACAUACCCAUGUGCAGAUGUCCCGAACGCACUGCUGGCAGCGCCUUUAUUCGGUGCUCCCCUGUGCUGAUUUCAGUAACUAAUCCCUGCCGACCCUCGCCGUGUGGUCCCAAUUCUCAAUGCCGCGAGGUUAAUCAGCAAGCAGUGUGCUCGUGCCUGUCAAGCUUCAUUGGAGCUCCGCCAUCCUGCCGACCCGAGUGCACCUCGAACUCCGAGUGUGCACCCACCCAAGCCUGCCUCAAUCAACGUUGCGGAGACCCCUGUCCCGGAACAUGUGGAGUGGGCGCCAAUUGUGCUGUUGUCAGUCAUAAUCCCUUCUGUACAUGUCCUGAGAGGUUUACGGGAAAUCCAUUUGUUCGUUGCCAGCCUCAAAUUGACCCACCUGUUCGUGAUGUUGCGCCCGUUGAUCCCUGCCGCCCAUCUCCUUGUGGACCUUAUUCCCAGUGUCGGCCAGUUGGCGAGGCCCCUGCCUGCUCGUGUCUGGAAACCUACAUUGGACGUCCGCCGAACUGUCGGCCAGAAUGUGUGACCAGCUCGGACUGCACCAGUCAAAUGGCCUGUGUAAACCAAAAGUGCGUUGAUCCCUGCCCAGGACGCUGUGGCCUCAAUGCCGAGUGCCAUGUGGUCAGCCAUGCUGUGCAGUGUGUCUGCCAGCAGGGCUUCAACGGAGAUCCAUUCGUGCAGUGCAGACCGGAGAUCGCAUAUGAAAAUGAAGUCCGAACACCGUGUAGCCCUAGUCCUUGUGGGUCGAAUGCCGUGUGCCGCGAUCGCAAUGGAGUUGGAUCCUGCCAGUGUCUGCCGCAGUACUUCGGAGAUCCUUACAACGGUUGUCGUCCGGAGUGCAUGAUUGACUCGGAUUGUCCGUCCAACAGGGCUUGUCAGCAACUGAGAUGCCAGGAUCCCUGCCCAGGAACUUGUGGACUGAAUGCUAACUGUCAAGUGGUUAACCAUUUGCCAACUUGUAAUUGUCUAACCGGAUAUGUGGGAGACCCAUACCGCCAAUGUAAUCGACUGCCAGAACGUAAGGAACAUACAGCAAUACCCUUUUCCGCAUUUUUCAAGACCAAAUUUUUAGCACCUCAAAACGAGUACGUGAAUCCCUGUCAGCCUACACCCUGCGGUACCAACUCCCAAUGUCGCGUUUCAAAUGAGCAAGCUGUUUGCUCCUGUCUACCACAAUUUGUGGGAACUCCACCAUCAUGCCGCCCCGAGUGCACCAUCUCCUCGGAGUGCUCUGUGGAUAGGGCAUGUGUUAAUCAGAAGUGCGUGGAUCCUUGUGCAGCGGACACAUGCGGUAGCAAUGCCAUAUGUAGGGUGCGUAAUCACAGCCCCAUUUGCAGUUGCAUCAGCGGCUUCACAGGCGAUGCCUUUACUCGUUGUUUCCCCAUUCCACCGCCGAUUGUUGAGACUAAGGAUGAACCCCUGAGGGAUCCCUGUAUACCAACACCGUGUGGUCCUAACUCUGAAUGCCGAAACAUCAAUGGAGUACCGGCUUGUUCGUGCUUGGCGAACUUUAUCGGCCAGGCUCCCAACUGUCGCCCUGAGUGCACGAUUAACUCGGAAUGUCCCAGUCAGCAGGCGUGCAUCAACCAAAAAUGUCGCGAUCCGUGUCCAGGAGCCUGCGGUCAGAAUGCUGUUUGCAGAGUCACCAACCACACACCACUUUGCGCCUGCAUCGAUGGUUAUAUAGGCAAUCCAUUCACCAGCUGUAGUCCCAAGCCACCAGAACCGCCAGCGCCACCAAUUGCCGACGAUCCUUGCAACCCAUCACCUUGCGGAGCUAAUGCUCUCUGCCGAAAUGGCCAAUGUUCGUGUAUACCCGAAUACCAGGGAGAUCCGUAUGUCUCUUGCCGUCCGGAGUGCGUGCUGAAUACAGAUUGUCCAAGAGAUCGGGCCUGUGUGCGCAACAAAUGCAUCGAUCCAUGCCCUGGAACUUGCGGGGUUAACGCUUUGUGCGAGGUCACCAACCAUAUUCCUAUUUGCCGCUGCCCAGAGCAGAUGUCUGGCAAUGCUUUCUUCGAGUGUCGACCAGUGCCUCCAGCCAAAAUUCAAAAUCCCUGCCAGCCAACGCCUUGUGGUCCGAACAGUCAGUGCCGGGUGGUGCAGCAAACCGCAGUCUGCUCCUGCCUGACCGACUACGCCGGCAGCCCGCCGCAAUGUAGACCGGAAUGUGUGACCAACUCAGACUGCCCUGCCGAUCAAGAUUGCCAGAAUAUGAAAUGUCGCGAUCCCUGCCCUGGUACUUGUGGCUUCAAUGCCCUCUGCAACGUUGUCAACCACCGACCCUUCUGCAGCUGCCCCUCAAGCAUGUCCGGAAAUCCCUUUGUGAGCUGCCAGCAGCUAAGUAAGCCACCAUGGUUUUUUAAUGCUUUUCCCAUGCCUAAGCCUGAAGUUUUUUCAGUAAUACGCGAUGAGAGACCACCAAAUCCCUGCCAGCCAUCGCCUUGUGGCCCCAACUCCGAAUGUCGCGUCUCAGGAGACUCACCAUCGUGUUCUUGCCUACCCGAAUUUGAGGGUGCACCCCCGAAUUGCCGACCCGAGUGCAUAUCCAACUCUGAGUGUCCCACCAACCGUGCUUGUAUCAACCAGAAAUGCGUGGAUCCCUGUCCAGGACUUUGCGGUCUUAAUGCCAAUUGUCGAGUAUUCAGUCAUAGUGCCAUGUGCUUGUGUGACAGUGGCUUCACCGGAGAUCCGUUUAGUCAAUGCAGUCCAUUUAGGGACACUCCUCCUGAAAUUCUGCAACCCUGCAACCCUAGUCCUUGUGGUGUAAACGCUAAGUGCGAGGAGCGUGGUGGUGCAGGAUCAUGCCAGUGCUUGCCUGACUACUUCGGAAAUCCCUAUGAUGGAUGUCGACCCGAGUGCGUUCUGAACUCUGACUGUCCCUCAAAUCUGGCGUGUGUCAACCAGAAAUGUCGCGAUCCUUGUCCCGGCACCUGUGGCCAAAGCGCCGAGUGCCAGGUGGUUAACCACUUGGCCACCUGUAAUUGCCUGGUCGGUUACACCGGAGACCCGUACAGCUUGUGUCGCAUUAUAGUCAAUGAGCCACCCGAACGCGUUUAUGUUAAUCCGUGCCAGCCAUCUCCAUGCGGUCCAAACUCGCAGUGCCGUGAAGUCAACGAGCAAGGCGUUUGUUCUUGCUUGCCAGAGUUUAUUGGUACUCCGCCAGCUUGUCGUCCGGAAUGCACCAGCAGUUCGGAGUGCGUCGCUGACAAGGCUUGCAUGAACCGCAAAUGUGUGGAUCCCUGUCCAAAUGUUUGUGGACAGCAGGCCGAGUGUCGCGUGCGUAACCACAAUCCGAUUUGUACCUGCCUCAGUGGAUUUACGGGUGAUCCAUUCACUCGUUGUUAUCGUCAGCCGCCUCCUCCACCAGUGAAAAUUCAACGUGAACCCCUUGAUCCUUGUGUUCCUUCACCAUGCGGCGCGAAUUCUCAGUGUCGCGAAAUCCACGGCACACCAUCCUGCUCUUGCCUGCCCCAGUACUUAGGAACUCCACCCAGUUGUCGUCCGGAAUGUUCCAUUAAUGCCGAAUGUCUCAGUCAUCAGGCCUGCAUUAACCAGAAGUGUCGCGAUCCUUGUCCGGGCUCUUGUGGUCUCAACACUCAGUGCAAUGUGAUUAACCACACGCCCAUUUGCAGUUGUCUGGUGGGUUACAUCGGUGACCCAUUCAGCGUUUGCAAUCCCCAGCCAAUACCAGAGAAAAUUCAAGACCCAUUGCCUCCCGAGGAUCCGUGCAACCCAUCACCUUGUGGCUCUAACACUCAAUGCAACAAUGGGGUAUGCUCUUGUCUGCCAGAAUACCAUGGCGAUCCGUAUACCGGUUGUCGUCCUGAGUGCGUCCUUCACACCGACUGUGAUCGUAGUAGGGCUUGUGUACGCCACAAGUGCGUUGAUCCUUGUCCCGGUAUCUGUGGCACCAACGCGAUAUGUGAGGUUUUGAACCACAUUCCAAACUGCCGCUGUUUGGAGAGAAUGCAGGGCAAUGCCUUCAUUCAAUGCAGUCCAAUUCCACAGCUCGACGUGGUGCAGAAUCCUUGCCAACCAACGCCAUGCGGACCCAACUCGCAGUGUCGCGUUGUUAACCAGCAGGCCAUCUGCUCCUGCAUCUCGCCUUUCAUAGGAAGCCCGCCGUUCUGCCGACCGGAAUGCACCACCAAUUCGGAUUGUCCCUUGAACCUGGCCUGCCGUAACCAGAAGUGCAGUGAUCCUUGUCCUGGAGUUUGUGGUCGCGGUGCCCAGUGUCAUGUGACUAACCACAGUCCAUUCUGCCGCUGCUUGGAACGCUACACGGGCAAUCCGUUCGUGAGUUGUCAACAGGUCAUUGAACCUCCGGUGCCACCACCAAGGCAAACUUGCCUGCCAUCACCCUGCGGACCGUAUUCCCAGUGCCGUGAAGUAAACGAGUCACCUUCCUGCACCUGUCUGUCAGACUACAUUGGAGCACCACCCAAUUGUCGACCGGAGUGCGUGACCAGUUCAGAGUGUCCCUCGAAUCAGGCCUGCAUUCAGCAGAAGUGUCGCGAUCCCUGCCCAGGACUAUGUGGACAAUUAGCGGAAUGUCGAGUAAUUUCGCACACGCCAAGUUGUGUAUGUCCGGAAGGAAUGGAAGGUGAUCCGUUUACUCUCUGCACGGAGAAGAGGAUUCAGGAACGGGACCAGUUGGACCCUUGCAGUCCCAGUCCUUGUGGAAUCAAUGCCCGCUGUACCUCUCGCCAGGAUGCCGGCUCUUGUCAAUGCUUGCCAGAAUACUUUGGGAAUCCCUACGAGGGAUGUCGCCCUGAGUGCGUCCUCAAUUCGGACUGCCCAUCGAACAAAGCUUGUCAGCAACAGAAGUGUCAGGAUCCGUGUCCAGGAACUUGUGGUCAGAAUGCGCUGUGCAAUGUCCUGAAUCAUGUCCCCAGUUGUAGUUGCAUAACGGGCUAUUCCGGUGAUCCGUAUAGAACGUGUGUCCCAGAACCCGUCAAGGAAUACGUCAAUCCCUGCCUGCCAUCGCCUUGUGGUCACAACUCGCAGUGUCGUGAGGUCAACGAACAGGCCAUAUGCUCGUGUUUGUCAGAAUACGUUGGAGCUCCGCCGGUGUGCCGACCGGAAUGUACGAUAUCUUCAGAGUGUCCGGCUGACAAGGCCUGUGUGAAUCAGAAAUGUAUAGAUCCCUGUCCCAACACUUGUGGGGAACAAGCCAUCUGUCGUGUCGUGAACCACAGUCCCAUUUGUUCCUGUCGCGCCGGUUACACGGGCGAUGCCUUCUUCCGCUGCUUCCCCAAGCGUCCGGUACCACCUACACCUAUACAAAAGACUCCAGUUGACCCUUGUGUGCCCUCACCCUGCGGUCCCUACUCCCAGUGCCGGUCCCGAGGAGAUGCUCCUGCCUGUUCCUGUUUGAUUGGAUAUUUGGGAGCUCCUCCCAAUUGCCGACCCGAAUGUCGCAUCAACGCCGAGUGUCCCAGUAGUCAGGCGUGCAUCAAUGAAAAGUGUAGGGAUCCCUGCCCCGGCUCCUGUGGCUACGGUGCCAUUUGUAAUGUAAUCAAUCACACGCCCAGCUGCAUUUGCCCGUCAGGCUACUCUGGUGACCCAUUCAGUCAGUGCCAGCCGCUGCCACCACCGCCACCAACACCCGCUAAGCUUGACGAUCCAUGCAACCCAUCGCCUUGCGGUCCGAACGCUCAGUGCAAUAAUGGAGUCUGCACCUGCGUUCCCGAAUACCACGGCGAUCCUUACAGCGGAUGCCGACCAGAGUGCAUUACCAGUGCAGAUUGUUCACGAGAACUCGCCUGCUCACGUCACAAAUGUUUCGACCCUUGCCCGGGAACCUGUGCCCCCAACGCCAUUUGUACUGUGCUCAAUCACGUGCCCAUGUGCACUUGUCCGGAGGGUUAUAACGGCAAUGCGUUUGUUCAGUGUCAGCCCACACCACCCCCUGUCCUCGUCCAGCCCUGCCAGCCCUCUCCAUGCGGUCCGAACUCACAAUGCCGGGAAGUCAACCAGCAGGCUGUAUGCUCCUGUGUGUCAGGUUACUUUGGAACCCCACCGCUUUGUCGUCCGGAAUGUACAUCAAACUCGGAAUGUUUGUCGCAACAGGCGUGUGUUAACCAAAAGUGUAUGGAUCCGUGUCCCGGUUCGUGUGGCCGCAAUGCGCAGUGCAGUGUGGUGAACCACAAUCCCUUCUGUACCUGUCUGCCUCGCUUUACUGGCAAUCCUUUCGUGGGUUGUCAACAGAUUAUCGAACCGCCACGCCAAGAUAUUGUACCUCAAGAUCCCUGCCGUCCAUCGCCUUGUGGUCCCAACUCCGAAUGUCGCGCUGUUGGUGAGACACCAACUUGUACGUGUCUUGCUGAUUUCGUGGGCUCUCCGCCAUAUUGCAAACCCGAAUGUGUGGCCAACUCUGAGUGUCCUUCGAACCUGGCUUGUAUCAAUCAGAAGUGUCGCGAUCCCUGUCCAGGGUUGUGCGGUUUUAGUGCCUCAUGUCGCGUCGUCUCCCACACUGCAAUCUGCAUUUGCGAUGCGGGCUUGACCGGAGAUCCUUUUACCCAGUGUCAGCCCAUUGUGGCCGAUGUGGAGAUCAUCAAUCCCUGCCAUCCCUCGCCUUGCGGCGCCAAUGCUGAGUGCAUCCAACGGAAUGGAGCCGGAGCCUGUCAGUGUCUCGCAGAAUAUUUCGGGAACCCCUAUGAGGGCUGUCGGCCGGAGUGUGUUUUGAACUCGGACUGCCCCUCGAAUAGAGCUUGUCAGCAGCAGAAGUGCCGUGAUCCCUGCCCCGGAAGCUGUGGACAGAACGCCGAGUGCAAUGUGGUUCACCACACACCCAUGUGCAACUGCUUCGCUGGAUUUGUAGGCGAUCCAUACCGCUAUUGUAGCCAACCGCCAGAACCUGUUGUCCAUGAGUAUGUGAACCCCUGUCAACCGUCACCUUGUGGCCCGAAUUCUAAUUGUCGCGAGGUUAACGAGCAGGCAGUGUGUUCCUGCCGUCAAGAAUUUGAAGGAGCCCCCCCCAACUGCCGACCCCAGUGCACCUCGAGCUCUGAAUGCGCCCCCACCAAGGCAUGUAUCAACCAAAAGUGCGUUGACCCCUGCCCUGGUGUUUGUGGCCAGCAGGCAAUCUGUGAGGUGCGCAACCAUAGUCCAAUCUGUAGGUGUCCCACCGGCAUGUCCGGUGACCCCUUCGUGCGUUGCUUGCCCCGACCAACAAUUCCACCAACGCCCAUGAGGGAUGUAGUCCCUUACCGCGAUCCCUGUCUUCCUUCACCCUGUGGCCUGUACUCAUCGUGCAGGAAUCAACAGGAUCAGGCCGUUUGUUCUUGCUUGCCCAAUUACUUUGGCACUCCGCCGCAUUGUCGUCCCGAGUGCACCAUCAAUGCCGAGUGCCCAAGUCACUUGGCCUGCAUCAGCGAGCGCUGCCGCGAUCCCUGUCCCGGUGCCUGUGGUCAGCAGACCGAGUGCCGAGUCAUCAGUCACGUUCCCAGUUGUGUUUGCCUGCGGGGCUAUGUAGGCAAUGCUUUCCUGGCCUGCCAUCCAGCACCACCCCCACCAGCCCGUGAAGAACCCAGCGAUCCGUGUAAUCCCAGUCCCUGCGGCAGCAAUGCCAUCUGCUCAAAUCAGGGAGAGUGUUCAUGUCUGGCCGAUUAUCAAGGCGAUCCCUACGUGGCCUGCAGACCAGAGUGUGUACUAAGCUCGGAGUGUCCUCGAAAUCUGGCAUGCAUACAUCAGAAAUGCACUGAUCCCUGCCCCGGAACGUGUGGCAGUAAUGCCAUCUGCGAUGUCGUUAACCACAUCGCCAUGUGCCAUUGUCCCGAGCGAAUGACCGGCAAUGCUUUUGUGCAAUGCUCCCCAGUGCAACUGGAUGUAUAUCGCAACCCUUGUAAUCCCUCGCCAUGUGGCUCCAAUGCCGAAUGUCGGGAGCAAAACGGUCAAGCGGUGUGCAGCUGUCUGCCCAACUAUUUUGGUGUGCCUCCCUCUUGUCGACCCGAAUGUAGCACCAACUACGAUUGUCCCCCCAGUUUGGCUUGUCAGAACCAACGGUGUGUCGACCCUUGUCCAGGAUCAUGUGGGGCCUAUGCCGACUGCCGAGUUGUAAGCCACAGUCCUUUCUGUAGUUGCAGACCCGGCUAUACUGGCAAUCCCAUCGUCCAGUGUCAUGUGAUUAGUAAGUUCAAGUGCAUAUCCAAAUUGAAAGAAGACCAUAUAGUUAAUGCCCCGCCUGUAGUUGAACCUCAACGGGAUCUUGUGCCGCAAGAUCCUUGCCAGCCUUCACCCUGUGGACCGAAUAGCGAGUGUCGCCGCGUGGGCGACACACCAUCCUGCUCUUGCCUCUCAAACUUCUUUGGCACACCGCCCAACUGCCGACCCGAAUGUGUCUCCAACUCUGAGUGCAGCCAGUUGCAUGUGUGUAUUAAUAACCGCUGCAAAGAUCCGUGUCCGGGUCUCUGCGGCACUGAUGCCGUAUGUCGGGUGAUCAGUCACAGUGCCAUGUGCUACUGCCAGCCGGGUUACAGCGGCGAUCCAUUCGUCCGUUGUGCACCACAUAUUCAAAGGGAACCGAUUGAGAUUGUGCAACCCUGCAACCCGAAUCCUUGCGGCUCCUUCGCCGAGUGUCGUCAGCAGAAUGGAGUCGGUUCCUGCCAGUGUCUGUCGGAGUAUUUCGGCAAUCCCUACGAGGGAUGUCGACCUGAGUGUGUGCUCGACUCCGAUUGCCCCUCUCAGCUGGCCUGUGUCAAUCAGAAAUGCCGUGAUCCCUGUCCCGGAAGUUGUGGCCAAAAUGCCGAAUGCUUUGUGCGUAAUCACUUGCCAACUUGCAACUGCUUCAGCGGGUAUACGGGUGACCCCUAUCGCUAUUGCAACAUUGAACGGAAACCCAUACGGGAAUACGUCAACCCAUGUCAACCCUCUCCUUGCGGUCCCAACUCUCAGUGUCGCGAGCAGAAUGGUGUGGCCACCUGCUCCUGUUUGCCAGAGUUUGUAGGCCUUCCGCCAGGAUGCCGACCAGAGUGUACCGUCUCCUCAGAGUGUAAUCUUGACAAGGCGUGUGUUCGUCACAAGUGCAUUGAUCCUUGUCCUGGUGCUUGUGGCAGUUCUGCCAAUUGCCAGGUGGUGAACCAUGCUCCACUUUGCUCUUGUCAAGCGGGUUAUACAGGAGAUCCCUUUACCCGUUGCUACCCCAACCCUCCUCCACCUACGCACAUCAUUCACGAUGUAGUGCGGGAUCCUUGCCAACCGUCUCCCUGUGGGGCCAAUGCCCAAUGUAGGCAGUCCCAGGGGCAAGCCACCUGCUCCUGUUUACCCAACUACUUUGGUGUCCCGCCCAAUUGUCGACCCGAGUGCACUCAUAGUUCAGAGUGUCUGUCCAGUCUGGCCUGCAUCAAUCAACGGUGCGCCGAUCCCUGUCCCGGCUCCUGUGCCUACAACGCCAUGUGUCAUGUGCGAAAUCACGUUCCCAGUUGUCAGUGCCCAGUGGGAUAUGUAGGUGAUCCGUUCACCAAUUGCCAACCCCAACCUCAGCCACCACCUAAACCCAUUGCUUUCGACGACCCCUGUAAUCCUUCUCCCUGUGGAUCAAAUGCCCUAUGCCAGAGUGGUCAAUGUUCUUGUAUAGCCGAGUACCAAGGAGACCCGUAUAUUGGCUGUCGUCCGGAGUGCGUUUUGAAUGCAGAUUGUGCGCGAAAUCGAGCUUGCGCUCGUCAUAAGUGUGUGGAUCCUUGUCCAGGAACGUGCGCUCCCAACGCCAUCUGCGAUGUGCUUAACCACAUUGCCAUGUGUCGCUGUCCGGAACAAAUGACAGGCAAUGCCUUCAUCCAGUGUGAAACUCCGCCAAAGUUGCUGACACCACCUGAUCCAUGCUAUCCCUCGCCCUGCGGUCCGAAUAGUCGCUGCCGUGUGUUUAACGACAAUGCUGUUUGCUCCUGCAUUGAGGAUUUCGUUGGCACGCCACCAAAUUGUCGACCAGAGUGUACGCAUAACUCGGACUGCCUACCUAGUCUGGCUUGCCAGAGGCAGCAUUGCAUGGAUCCGUGCCCUGGAACUUGUGGCUUUAAUGCUCUUUGCCAUGUGGUUAACCAUGCACCGAUUUGCAGUUGCCCACCAAGACACAAUGGAAAUCCCUUCCUGGGCUGCUUCCCAGAACCAGUGCGACGUGAUGAAAUUGUUCCAAAGAAUCCAUGCCAACCCUCGCCAUGUGGUCCAUACGCCAAGUGCUCGUCUGUGGGAGACCAGGCGCAGUGCAGCUGCCUGUCCGAAUACAUUGGAACACCGCCCAACUGCCGGCCGGAGUGUGUAACCAAUUCGGAGUGCUCCUUUGAUAAGGCCUGCUUGAACCAACGAUGCCGUGAUCCCUGCCCUGGAACAUGUGGCUCCAAUGCCAAUUGCCAUGUGCUAAGCCAUGCUGCAAUGUGCUACUGCCUACCAGGCUACACUGGCGACCCAUUCACGUCCUGUCGUCAGGUACCAUUGAUCCAGCAAGCCGAGAUAGUUCAACCUUGCUCUCCCAAUCCUUGUGGAGCCAAUGCUGUGUGUCGCCAGGAAGGAAAUGUCGGCUCCUGCCAAUGCCUUCCCGAAUACUACGGAAAUCCAUACGAGAUUUGUCGUCCGGAGUGUGUAACCAAUAACGACUGCCCGGCCCAUAAAUCCUGCCAGCAGAUGAAGUGUCGAGAUCCUUGCCCAGGAGUCUGUGCCCUAAAUGCUUUGUGUCGGGUGAUUAAUCACUUGCCAACUUGUCAUUGUCAGAACGGUUUUGUUGGUGACCCCUACCGCUAUUGCCAAGUUCCCGAGAAACCUGUCCUCAAAGAAUAUGUCAAUCCCUGCCAGCCAUCACCGUGUGGUCCAAACUCCCAGUGCCGAGAAAACAACGAACAGGCCGUCUGCACAUGUCUGCUCGAGUAUGUGGGUGCUCCGCCCAAUUGUCGACCCGAGUGUGUGACCAGUGCAGAGUGUCCUCAUGACAAGGGGUGCAUUAGGCAAAAGUGUAGUGAUCCCUGCCCCGGUGUGUGCGGCUCCAAUGCCGAUUGUCGUGUCAUCCAGCAUGCCCCAAUUUGCAGUUGUCGCCCUGGUUUCACAGGCGAUGCCUUCACUCGCUGCUUGCCCCUGCCACCCCCAAGACCACCACAGUUGGACGUGUAUCGCAAUCCUUGUGUACCCUCGCCGUGUGGACAGUUUGCAGAGUGUCGGGAUAACCAAGGAACUGCUACUUGCAGUUGUCUGCCUUCCUAUUUUGGCACUCCGCCCAACUGUCGCCCCGAGUGUACCAUUAACCCCGACUGCCCCGCUCAUCUAUCCUGCCAACAGCAGCGUUGUCGCGAUCCCUGUCCCGGAGCCUGUGGAUUCAAUGCCUUGUGCACGGUUAUCAAUCACAAUCCCACGUGCCAGUGUGCGCCUGGACUAAUUGGCAACGCCUUCACAUCCUGUUAUGCUCCACCACCAGUUGCAAGGGAUCCCCCCCAAAUAAGUGAUCCUUGUUCUUUGAUUACGUGUGGUGCCAACGCAGUUUGCAAUCAAGGUCAAUGCAGUUGUUUGCCUGAAUUUGUGGGCAACCCAUUAGUGGGAUGUCGUCCAGAAUGUGUGCUGAGCACGGAAUGCGACUGGAACAAGGCAUGCGUAAGAAACAAGUGUGUCGAUCCAUGUCCUGGAACGUGCGGAUCCAAAGCCAUUUGUGAGGUGCACAGACACAUAGCUAUGUGUCACUGUCCACCGGGAAUGACAGGAAAUGCCUUCAGCCAAUGCCGACCUCUACCACCACCUCCAACGCGCGAUGUCGUCGAUCCUUGUCAGCCGUCACCAUGCGGACCAAAUUCCCAGUGUCGCAAUAUCAACGGACAGGCUGUAUGCUCGUGUCUUCCCGACUUUGUUGGAGUCCCACCAUCCUGUCGACCAGAGUGCAUCAGUAAUGCGGAGUGUCCGCUGCACUUGGCUUGUCUCCAACGACAUUGUCGAGAUCCCUGCCCCGGAGUUUGUGGCUUGAACGCUGAAUGUCGAGUGAUUAAUCACAGCCCGAAUUGCCAUUGCAUUGGCUCUUUUACGGGAAAUCCUUUCGUCGCUUGUCACCGACAACCACCACCACUGAUUAGGCAAGACCCUAUUGAUCCUUGUCAUCCAUCUCCGUGUGGAGCUAAUGCUGAAUGCCGUGCACAGGGAAGCAAUGCUCAAUGCAGUUGCCUAGCCGACUUUAUUGGCACCCCGCCCAAUUGCCGACCAGAGUGUGUGUCCAACUCAGAUUGCCCCACGAAUCUUGCUUGCCUGAAUCAGAAGUGCCGCGAUCCCUGCCCAGGUGUCUGUGGCUCCAAUGCUGAGUGUUAUGUGAUUAACCAUACUCCCAUGUGUACGUGCCUUAGUGGACAAACUGGCAAUCCUUUUGUGGGCUGUCAAGUGGUGCGAGAUAUUCCUGAGCCACUUACACCAUGUGUACCCAGUCCUUGUGGAGCCAAUGCUCUCUGUACGGAGACGAAUGGAGCUGGAGCCUGUCAGUGUCUUCCGGAGUUCUUUGGUAAUCCCUAUGAAGGGUGUCGACCCGAGUGUGUGCUUAACUCGGACUGCCCAAGCCAUCUGGCCUGUCUCAAUCAGCAUUGCCGCGAUCCCUGUCCCGGAACCUGUGGUCCAAAUGCCCAGUGCCAAGUGCGCGAUCAUCUGCCGCAAUGCAACUGCCUUACGGGCUACCAGGGAAAUCCCUAUGUCUACUGUAGUGUCCUGCGUGAACCCCUGCCCGAACCCAUUCCCUCACGCCCCUGUCAGCCCUCACCCUGUGGCCCGAACUCCCAGUGCCGUGAGUCGAAUAACCAGGCGAUUUGCAAGUGUCUGCCCGAUUUCAUUGGAUCCCCACCGGCCUGUAGGCCCGAGUGUACUAUCUCCAGCGAGUGCGACCUAACCCUGGCGUGUGUCCAACAACACUGUGUCGAUCCGUGUCCAGGUGUUUGCGGCAGCAGUGCCCAGUGUAGGGUUAUUAACCACAGUCCGCACUGUAGCUGCCUGCCUGGUUACACGGGUGAUGCCAUCAGUGGUUGUCAGCGCAUACCACCCGCAAUUAGCUACGAUGUUCCCAAGGAAACCUACCGCGAUCCAUGUGCUCCCUCUCCCUGUGGCGCCUUUGGACAAUGCCGUGCUCAGGGCAACCAGGCUAUUUGCUCUUGUCUGCCUGGUUACUUUGGAGCUCCUCCCAAUUGCCAGCCGGAGUGCGUGAUUAAUCCGGACUGCGCCUCCCAUUUGGCGUGUAUCAGUGAAAAGUGUCGCGAUCCGUGUCCCGGUUCUUGUGGACUUCUGGCCCAAUGCAACGUCAUUAACCACACACCCAUCUGCAGUUGCCCAUCAGGUUAUCAGGGUAAUCCCUUCGUAAGCUGUCAACGAACUCCUCCACCACCAACUCCUCCCCUUCGCGAUGCCUGUAAUCCCUCGCCUUGUGGCUCCAACGCAAUCUGCAGUUCUGGUGGUCAGUGUUCUUGUCUGCCCGACUUCGAUGGCAAUCCCUAUGUGGGCUGUCGUCCUGAGUGCGUUCUGAACACGGACUGUGCCAGGGACAGAGCCUGCCAGCGCAGCAAGUGCACAGAUCCCUGUCCAGGAGCUUGUGGUGUUGGAGCAGUUUGCGAAGUGCGCAACCAUAUACCCACAUGUAAUUGUCCGCCAGGAACUUCGGGAAACGCUUUCGUCCAGUGUACCGUUGUGCGAUCUUCUCCCGUGGAGCCUUUAAAUCCCUGUCAGCCAUCCCCGUGUGGAAACAAUGCCCAAUGCCGAGUGGCUAGCGAGCAGGCCAUCUGCUCUUGCUUGCCCGGCUACUUUGGUGUCCCUCCAAAAUGUCGCCCCGAGUGCACCGUCAACUCGGACUGUGCCCCGCAUCUAGCCUGCUUAAAUCAGCAGUGCCGCGAUCCUUGUCCUGGAGCAUGUGGGCAGUUUGCUCAAUGCCAGGUCAUUAGGCAUGUGCCGCACUGCAGUUGUCCACCGGGGUACUCAGGCAACGCCUUCUUCCUUUGCCACCGUGUACCGCCUCCACCACCAGUCCAAAGAGAACCGCUGAACCCUUGCUCACCAUCGCCAUGCGGAGCCAAUGCGGAGUGUACUAGUCAGAAUGACAAGGCAAUUUGCAAGUGUCUGAAGGAUUACGUAGGAACACCACCGUACUGUCGACCGGAGUGCAUUACAUCAUCGGAGUGUCCGAAUCAACUGGCUUGCAUUGCCCAGAAAUGCAAGGAUCCUUGUCCUGGACUUUGUGGAAACGCUGCCAGCUGUCAAGUAGUCAGUCACGUGCCUUCGUGCAUCUGCAUUGCGGACUACAUUGGUGACCCCUACACCGGAUGCCAUGCACGACCACAGAUUCAGCGCGAGCAGAUCAAUCCCUGCUUCCAAAACCCUUGCGGAAGCAAUGCCGUGUGCCGGGAGCGAGGUGGAGCCGCUUCAUGCCAGUGUCUACCGGAAUAUUACGGCAAUCCCUACGAGGGAUGUCGACCCGAAUGUGUGCUCAACUCAGACUGUUCGAGCCAUUUGGCUUGCUUAAAUCAACAUUGCCGCGAUCCCUGCCCCGGAAGCUGUGCCCCCAACGCCCAGUGUCAAGUCGUUAACCACGUGCCCAGCUGUAGUUGCUAUCCCGGAUACAGUGGUGAUCCCUAUCGCCACUGUAAUGUGGUCCAGGCGGAACCCGUCCAAGUUGUCCACUUUAAUCCCUGCCAGCCCUCGCCGUGUGGUCCCAACUCUCAGUGCACCGAGUCCCAGGGUCAGGCGGUGUGUCGCUGCCUGCCCGAUUACUUUGGUUCCCCACCAGCUUGUCGUCCCGAGUGCGUCAGUAAUCCCGAAUGUCCCAAUGAUAGAGCCUGCGUGGCCAGAAGGUGCACCGACCCAUGUGUGGGCGCUUGUGGCCAGAAUGCCAUUUGUCGAGCACAUCAACAUAGAGCUCAUUGCUCAUGUCAUCCUGGUUACACAGGAGAUGCCUUUAUGCGCUGUCUUCCCUUGCCUCCGCCCCAACCUGUUCGGGAUUCACCCGUAAUCUACAGAGACCCAUGUGUUCCCUCUCCCUGUGGACAGUUUGCCCAGUGUCGGGUGGAGUACGAGCAAGCCGUGUGCUCCUGCCAGACUUCCUACUUCGGCACUCCUCCUUAUUGCCGGCCCGACUGCACCCAGAACUCAGAUUGUCCCAGUCAUAGGGCUUGUGUCAAUCAAAGGUGCGUGGAUCCUUGCCCUGGGGCUUGUGGUCUAAACGCCCAAUGUGAUGUGCUUAAUCAUGUGCCCACCUGCACAUGUCUCAGAGGUUUCGUGGGAGAUCCCUUCUACCGUUGUUAUCCAGCCCCAACACCUCCUGCAACCCCUGUUACUGUAGUUGCGGAUGAUCCUUGUCAGCCCUCGCCCUGCGGUCCCAAUGCCCAGUGCUCGAACGGCGUCUGCAGCUGUCUGCCCUUGUACCAGGGGGAUCCCUACGUGGGAUGUCGCCCAGAGUGCGUAUUGAGUACGGAGUGUCCGUGGAACAAGGCCUGUAUCCGCAAUCGUUGCCUGGAUCCGUGUCCAGGAACUUGCGGAUCUGGAGCCACGUGUCAGGUGCAUAAUCAUGUUGCCAUUUGUCAGUGUCCGGCUGGUUAUCAGGGCAAUCCGUUUGUACUGUGCCAGCCGACACCUCUACAGGCCCCCAUAGAGCUACAUCCCUGCCAGCCUUCGCCUUGUGGACCCCACGGACAAUGCCGGGAAGUUGGCUCGCAAGCAAUUUGCACUUGCCUGCCCGGCUAUUACGGAAAUCCUCCAGGCUGUCGCCCCGAAUGUGUCAGCGACCCAGAGUGUCCACCCAGCCUGGCUUGUGUGAAUCAAAAGUGCCGCGAUCCCUGUCCAGGAGCUUGUGGUUACAUGGCCCAGUGUCAUGUGAUUAACCACGGUCCGCAGUGUGUUUGCCCCGCUGGCUACACCGGAAGUCCUUACUCUCAGUGCCAGUUGAUCAGGAUAGAUUACACACCAGUUCAGCGCGAACCAAUUGAUCCGUGUUCUCCGACUCCAUGUGGUCCUCAUGCCCAGUGCAGCAAUGAGGGAGGCAAUGCGGUUUGCCGCUGUCAGCCGGAUUAUUUGGGCGUACCACCCUAUUGUCGACCUGAGUGCAUUGCCAACAGUGAAUGUCCCAGUGAUAGGGCCUGUAUCAAUCGGAAGUGUCAAGAUCCAUGCCCAGGACUGUGCGGUUACAAUGCCAUCUGUCGAACAUACAACCACCAGCCAAAUUGUGUUUGUGCUCCUGGAUUAGUGGGCAAUCCCUUCAACUCCUGCCUGCCACCAACACGAAUUGAAGUUUCACCAACACCACCCACAACUGCCAUUCAGGUGCUUCAGUAUGAGGAACCGUUUAUCAAUGGUUGUGAACCCAAUCCCUGUGGAGCAAAUGCUCAAUGCAAGCAGCGAAGAGGAGUAGUCGCUUGCGUCUGCCUGCCUGACUAUUUCGGCAAUCCCUACGAAGCCUGUCGGCCGGAGUGCAUUUUGAACUCCGAUUGUCCCUCAAGUAGAGCUUGUGUGCAGCAAAAAUGUCGAGAUCCGUGUCCCGGCACCUGUGGCCUGAAUGCCGAGUGCUAUGUUCUGGAUCAUCUGCCUCAGUGCAGGUGUUUCAGCGGUUACACUGGAAACCCCUUGGCGUACUGCUCACCUGUUCCUAUAGUCCAGCAAUCCCCAUUGACUCCCUGUGAUCCCUCACCCUGUGGAGCCAAUGCCCAAUGUCACCCGUCAAAUAAUGAAGCCGUAUGCUCCUGUUUACCCGAAUUCUAUGGAACCCCUCCUAACUGUCGACCCGAAUGUACUCUUAACUCAGAGUGUGCUUAUGAUAAGGCUUGUGUUCAUCACAAGUGUGUCGAUCCCUGUCCUGGAAUUUGCGGUAUUAGCGCUGAAUGUCGCGUCCACUACCACAGUCCCAUAUGUUACUGCAUCUCUUCCCAUACGGGUGAUCCGUUCACACGUUGUUACGAGACCCCAAAACCUGUUCAACCCCAAAUAUACGACACACCUUCUCCUCCCUAUCCGGUUGCUAUACCUGAUCUCGUGUACAUACAACAACAACAACCGGGAAUAGUAAAUAUUCCUUCUGCCCCUCAACCUGGAUACCCCGCGUCUCAGCCACCAGUUUUUAAUGUGAACCAUCCAUCACCACAACCAGGAAGUCCACAACAACCCGGAGUAGUUAAUAUACCUUCUGUGUCACAGCCAGUCUACACAUCGCCCCAGCCACCUGUUUACGACGUCAACUACCCGACAACGUUAUAUCCAGUUCCCCAGCAACCCGGUGUUGUAAAUAUUCCUUCUGCACCCCAACCAGUGCCUCCGAUAUCACAGAUACCAGUGUUUAUACCAUCGCCCGUGAAUUCAUCCCCUGCACCUCAGCCUGGAGUUAUCAAUAUUCCUUCAGUGCCGCAACCUGGAUAUCCUUCGCCACAGACCCCUGUUUAUGAUGUAAACUACCCAACUACACCGACUCCAAUUCAACAACCUGGCGUGGUUAAUAUUCCAUCUGUGCCACAUCCAGCAUAUCCUACUCCAAGUCCUCCGACCUAUGAUGUGAACUACCCAACACAACCACCACCAGUACAUCCUGGCACAAUCAAUAUACCUUCUGUGCCACAGCCGACAACUCCAUCACAACCACCUCCCGUUUUUAUACCUUUUCCUGAAAGACCGACGCCAGCUACCCAGCCAGGAGUAAUAAAUAUUCCCUCAGUAGCGCAGCCAGUAUACCCAACACCGCAGUCUCCUAUUUAUGAUGUGAACUAUCCAACUUCCCCGUCUCCCGUUCCUCAGAAGCCUGAAGUGAUAAAUAUUCCCUCAGCACCCCAACCAGUGCAUCCUUUAACAAAUCCUCCAGUUUACGAUGUUAACUAUCCAACGUCAUCACCAAUUCCUCAACAACUAGAGGUUCUUAAUAUACCAUCGCACCCACAGCCGGUGCCACCGUCUCCCCAACCACCUAUAAAUAUACCAUCUAAUGAGACUCCAUCGCCUGCACCACAUCCUGGAAUUAUAAACAUUCCUUCGUUCCAACAACCUGUUUAUCCUACGCCACAUGCCCCUGUUUACGACGUAAACUAUCCAACGUCACCACCAGUGAUAACGCCGCAACCUGGAGUCGUUAACAUUCCAUCGGUGCCGCUGCCAGUGCCUCCGGUUUCUCAACGUCCCGUGUUUAUACCGUCACCUGAAAAUACGACACCUGCUCCUCUACCAGGAGUCAUUAAUAUACCUUCAGUGGCACAGCCAGUGCAUCCAACAUAUCAACCUACGGUUGUGCAACGACCGGCUAUAUACGAUGUGUAUUAUCCACCACCUCCGUCAAGACCGGGUGUGAUCAACAUUCCUUCGCCACCACGUCCUGUAUACCCGGUUCCCCAACAGCCAAUCUACAUACCAGCACCAGUUUUGAACAUACCAUCUCCAAGACCAAUCAUUCAUAACAUUCCUUCAGUACCGCAGCCGACGAACCCACAUCAGAAUCCACCUAUUCAGGAUGUUAUUUAUCCAGCACCAACGCCAACUCAUCCAGCACCUGGAAUAAUUAAUAUUCCUUCGGUGCCUCAACCUGUGCCAUUACCCACUCCUAGUGUAAUUAAUAUUCCGUCGCAACCAUCACCUCCGAUCUCAGUUCCUGGAAUUGUAAACAUUCUCUCGGUUCCACAACCAACGUAUCCUCCUCAAAGCCCACCCAUUCACGAUGUCAGCUAUCCAUCGCCACAGCCAACACCUCAGGCACCAGGAAUAAUUAAUAUUCCUUCGGUGUCUCAACCUGUGCCAUUACCCACCCCUGGUGUGAUCAAUAUACCGUCGCAACCAACGCCGCCGAUCUUAGUGCCAACUCCAGGAAUUGUAAACAUUCCCUCGGUUCCACAACCGACGUAUCCACCUCAAAACCCACCAAUUCACGAUGUCAGCUAUCCAACGCCUCAGCCGGUGCCAUCUCUAACUCCUGGUGUGAUCAAUAUUCCUUCUCAACCAUCCCCACCAGUCUCAGUUGAAAAGCCUGGAAUAAUUAACAUUCCAUCGAUACAACAACCUACAACUCCAACCCCUCAACAUCCGAUACAAAAUGUCCAAUAUGAGACCCAGAGACCACAACCUACCCCUGGAAUAAUCAACAUACCUUCCGUGCCACAACCGACGUAUCCGACUCAAAAGCCAUAUUACCAAGAUGUUUACUACCCAUCUCCACAACCUAAUCCACCGAUUCCGGGAAUUAUUAACGUUCCUUCGUUGCCCCAACCUGUGCCUUCACACAUUCCUGGAGUUAUUAAUGUACCCUCACUACCAUAUCAGCCGGCACCAUCACCAACACCCGGAAUUACCAACAUUCCGUCGGUACCGCAACCUAUACCUUCAACACCGCAAAAUCCUGUCCAGGAGGUACAAUACAAUACUCAGAGACCACAACCUAUUCCUGGCGUGGUCUAUGUCCCAACUGUACCGCAACCAACUCCAGAACGUCCCAACUAUGAUGUGGCAAAGCCCGUUUUCGACUUUAACCCGUGCUAUCCAUCGCCUUGUGGACCCUACUCGCAUUGUCACAAUAGAUUUGGAGUGGCUGCCUGCGUUUGCAUUCCAAACUAUAGUGGAACUCCACCCAAUUGCCGACCAGAAUGCGUUAUUAACUCGGAUUGCCCAUCAGCCUUGGCCUGUAUCAACGAAAAAUGUCGGGAUCCUUGCCCAGGAUCUUGUGCUUACAACGCAGUGUGCCGUGUCCAUGAACAUGUACCGAACUGCUUCUGCCAAACCGGCUACACCGGUAAUCCAUUUGUAUCGUGUCAGCCCACACCGAUAGUCCCUGUUCCACGUGAGCCCAUUGAGGCGAAGGACCCAUGCUAUCCAUCUAUUUGCGGACCGAACGCCGUAUGUAAUAAUGGAAAAUGCAGCUGUAUACCGGAAUAUCAUGGAGAUCCAUAUGUUGGAUGUCGGCCGGAAUGUGUCCUCAAUACGGAUUGUGCCAGGGACAAGGCUUGCAUCCGUCAGAAAUGCCAAGAUCCUUGUCCAGGCACUUGUGGAUUAAAUGCCUUGUGCCAUGUAUACAAUCACGUGGCCAUCUGUACAUGUCCAGAGCAAAUGCAGGGAGAUGCUUUUGUGAGAUGUGACUCAAUACCCAAGCCCAAACCCCCUGUUCCAGCACCACCUACGACUUUGCCUGCUCUCGUACCUCAACCUACCCCGAUUAAUCCCUGCCAGCCAUCACCUUGUGGACCCAAUGCCCAAUGUAGAGCUUAUUAUGAACAGGCGAUUUGCUACUGCUUGCCCGAUUUUAUUGGCACUCCACCCGCUUGUCGUCCGGAGUGUACCUCGAACUCAGACUGUGCCCUUGACAAAUACUGCCUGAAUCUCAGGUGUCGCGAUCCGUGUCCCGGAGCUUGUGGCAUUCGUGCCAUUUGCCAUGUGCAGAACCACGGUCCCUUGUGCGUGUGUCCACCCCAGUUGACGGGUAAUCCGCUGCUGGCUUGCCAACCCAUAGUUAUUCCCCCCGUAGAACGCGAUGAAGUGAAUCCCUGUCAGCCCUCACCCUGUGGUCCUAACUCCGAGUGCCAAGCCGAGUCCGGUGGAGCAAGAUGCUCUUGCCAACCGCAAUACCAUGGCACUCCGCCAUUCUGUCGGCCGGAGUGUGUUAACAGCGCCGAUUGUCCGGCGGAUAAGGCGUGUAGGAAUUACAAGUGCAUUGAUCCGUGCCCCGGCAGUUGUGGUCUCUCUGCUCUGUGUCGCGUGGUGUCACACAGUCCACUGUGCUACUGUCCCGAGGGCUUUGUGGGCAAUGCCUUCAGCCUCUGCACUCGACCAGAGCCAAGUCCACCUGCCGUGGUGAUCCUGCCCUGCAAUCCCAAUCCCUGUGGAGUCAACGCCAUUUGUCUGCCCCGAAAUGAGUUGAGCGUUUGCCAGUGUCUGCCGGGUUACUAUGGCAAUCCGUCUGAGAUCUGCCGACCCGAAUGCACCGUCAACUCGGACUGUCCAAGUCACAGGGCUUGCAUGGGUGAAAAGUGUCGCGACCCCUGUCCCGGGGUUUGUGGCAUCAAUGCCCUUUGUCAGGUCAUUAACCACAGUCCCGUUUGCGAAUGCCACCCGGGUCACGUGGGCAAUCCCUACCAUAGCUGUCGUAUUCCGCAGCAUGAACCCACCGUACCUGAGUAUGUGAAUCCCUGCCAGCCGUCGCCCUGCGGAGCCAAUUCCCAGUGUCGCGAGUCCCAGGGACAGGCCAUCUGCUCCUGCCUGCCGGAGUUUGUGGGCACACCGCCAUCGUGUCGUCCGGAGUGUGUGAUCAGUGCCGAGUGUCCGGCGGACAGGGCGUGCAUCAACCAGAAGUGCCAGGAUCCUUGUCCCGGAGCUUGUGGCUUGAAUGCCCAGUGCCAUGUGCGUAACCACAGUCCGCUGUGCUCGUGUCAACCCGGAUUCACGGGCGAUGCCCUUACCCGCUGUCUGCCCGUUCCGCCCCCGAAGCCUCCGAAAUCUAACGAUAUCCGUGAUCCUUGCGUGCCAUCACCCUGUGGACCGUACUCCCAAUGUCGGGUGGUCAAUGGCGGAGCUAGUUGCAGCUGCCUUCCCAAUUAUGUGGGAGCGGCGCCAUACUGCCGACCGGAGUGCACCAUCAAUGCGGAGUGUCCCAGCAAUAUGGCCUGCAUCAACGAGAAGUGCCGCGAUCCAUGUCCCGGAGCCUGUGGCUUUGCUGCCCAGUGCAAUGUCAUCAAUCAUACGCCCAGUUGCGCCUGUCCCGCAGGCUAUACUGGAGAUCCGUUCACCAGUUGCCGACUGCUGCCACCACCACCGCCCCCGCAAACUCCCUCCGAUCCCUGCCAGCCAUCACCCUGCGGAGCUAAUGCUCUGUGUAACAAUGGUCAGUGCUCUUGCCUGCCGGAGUACCAGGGUGAUCCCUACACCGGAUGCCGCCCCGAGUGUGUUUUGAACGCGGAAUGUCCCAGGAACAGGGCGUGUGUGAACCAGAAGUGCGUGGAUCCUUGUCCAGGACACUGUGCAGCCAAUGCACUCUGCGAUGCCGUCAACCACAUCGCCAUGUGUCACUGCCCGGAAAGGAUGACGGGCAAUGCGUUCGUCUCCUGCCUACCGGUUCGCGAUGAUCCACCGCCACCAACGACUCCUCCCAAUCCCUGCCAGCCCUCGCCGUGCGGAGCCAAUGCCCAGUGUCUGGAGAGGAACGGCAAUGCCAUCUGCUCUUGCCUGGCCGGAUACUUUGGUCAGCCGCCCAAUUGCCGACUGGAGUGCUACUCCAGCUCCGAUUGCGCCCAAGUGCACACGUGCAUCAACAACAAGUGCGUGGACCCGUGUCCGGGCAAAUGUGGCCAGAAUGCCGUAUGCCAGGCGAUCCAGCAUAAGGCACAUUGCGAGUGCAUCCCUAGACACACUGGAAAUGCCUAUGUUUUGUGCAGUCCUAUUCCCAGGAUACCUGAAAUUGUUCGUGAUCCUUGCCAGCCAUCGCCUUGUGGUCCCAACUCCCAGUGCAGAAAUGUGAACGACCAGGCGGAGUGCCGCUGUCUGCCGGAGUUCCAGGGCACCCCGCCGAACUGUCGACCCGAGUGUGACAGCCACGAUGAGUGUGCCAAUACCCUGGCCUGCAUGAAUCAGAAGUGUCGCGAUCCCUGUCCCGGAAGCUGUGGCCAGAGUGCCCAGUGUACGGUCAGCCUUCACACACCCAACUGUCAGUGCCCCGUGGGCAUGACUGGCGAUCCGUUCCGACUUUGCCGGCCCAUACCACGUGAUGAACCCAAACCCCCGCCGACUCCCAAGAAUCCUUGCUACCCCUCGCCAUGCGGCACCAAUGCCGUGUGUCGUGUCCAAGGAGAGAAUUACGUUUGCGAGUGCAGCCAACGGGAGUACAUCGGCAAUCCCUACGAGGGAUGCCGCCCCGAAUGCGUGGGCAAUUCCGAGUGUCCUGCCAAUCAGGCCUGCAUCCGCAGCAAGUGCCAGGAUCCUUGUCCGGGCGUCUGUGGCCUGGAGGCCAUUUGCACCAUGAACAACCACAUACCGAUCUGUUCCUGUCCACCGGGCUACACGGGCAAUGCUUUUGCCCAGUGUACCCGCCAGUUGACUCCACCUACUCCCUCGGAUCCCUGCUAUCCAUCGCCCUGUGGACCCAAUUCGAUUUGCCGGGUGCAGAACGAGAAGGCUGUGUGCGAGUGCCUGCCCGGAUUCCCAGGUAACCCACUGGUUCAGGGCUGUCGUCCGGAGUGCACACUCAGUUCGGAUUGCGCCAAGGAUCGGGCCUGCAUCAACUCCAAGUGCGUGGAUGCCUGCGUGGGAGAGUGCGGAUUCGGAGCCGUUUGCCAGACCAUCAACCACAGUCCCGUGUGCAGCUGUCCGGGCAAUAUGGUGGGCAAUCCGUUUGUCCAGUGCGAGGAACCACGCCAGGCCGAGCCCCUCGAUCCCUGCCAGCCCUCUCCGUGCCAUAGCAAUGGAAUCUGCCGCGUUUACAACGGAGCCGCCACCUGCAGUUAUCCGGAGUGCGUGAUCAACGAGGACUGUUCCCGGGAUAGGGCAUGUGUGAGUCAGAAAUGCCGCGAUCCUUGUCUGAAUGCCUGCGGCAUCAAUGCCAUCUGUCGGGCCAUCAACCACAAGGCCGUGUGCAGCUGUCCGCCGGAGUUCUACGGUUCCCCGUACGCCCAGUGCCUAAGGCAGAUCCCAGAGCAACCGCCCAAGCCGGAAUGCAUCAGCGACGGGGACUGCACCAAUGACAAGGCCUGCAUCAACCAGGUUUGUCGCAAUCCCUGCGAGCAAUCGAACCUCUGCGCCCAACAGGCACGCUGCCAUGUCCAACUCCACCGACCACUGUGCGUCUGCAAUGAGGGAUACACCGGAAACGCCUUGCAGAACUGCUACCUUCUGGGCUGCCGAUCCGACGGAGAAUGUGCCGCCAAUGAGGCCUGCAUUAACCAGCAGUGUGUAGAUCCCUGUGGAUUCACGCAGUGCGGAGAGGGAGCCAUCUGCCGGGCUGACUUCAAUCACCGGGCCAGGUGCCAUUGCCUGGACGGAUACCGCGGCAAUCCUCUGGUGCGUUGCGAACGUCCAGAGUGUCGAUCUGAUGACGAAUGCGCCUUUCAUCUGGCCUGUCGCAAUGAACGUUGCGAGGAUCCCUGCAACUGCGGCAUUGGAGCCCAGUGCCGCGUGGAGAACCAUCGUGCUCAGUGCCGCUGUCCAGCCGGUUUCAGUGGAAACCCGGCCGUAAGAUGUGACCUGGUGCCCACACAACCGGAGGGCUGCACCAUGGACGCCGAGUGUCCCAGCAAGUUGGCCUGCUUCGGUGGCGAGUGCAAGAACCCAUGCGAUGUCACGCAUCCAUGCGGCGCCAAUGCCAUCUGCGAAGUGGUGGACACCCUGCCCCUGCGCACCAUGAUGUGCAGCUGUAUUCGUGGCUUUGUGGGCGAGGCCGACAUUGGAUGUCACAAAGAACCCCCGCGUGAUCAGGGCUGUGUGUCGCAUGAUCAGUGCCAGGAUACGGAAGCCUGUCGCGGCGGAAACUGUGUCAAUCCCUGCCUGGAUGCCUCGCCUUGUGCCCGCUCCGCCCAGUGUUUGGCCCAGCAGCAUCGCGCCAUUUGCAGCUGUCCAGAGAGAACCCAGGGAGAUCCAUUCACCAACUGCUAUGAGCCACCUGAAGUCAAGACUGGCUGCACCCACGAUUCGGAAUGUGAGCCGAACACGGCCUGCAUCAAUAAGCGCUGCCAGGAUCCUUGUGCCGAGGCCAAUCCCUGUGCCGGGAAUGCCGAGUGUCGCGUGCAGAACUCCCGACCGAUUUGCUUCUGUCCAGCUGGUUGGGGUGGUGACCCACAAGUUCAAUGCUACAAACCCGAGUGCAAGAUCAAUGCCGACUGUCCGUAUGACAAGACCUGCUUGAACGAGAACUGCGUGGAUCCCUGCACCCAUGGCCAGGUGCGCUGCGGCAGUGGAGCCCAGUGCCUGGCGCAGAACCACCAGGCGGUGUGCAUCUGCCCAACCGGAACGCAGGGCAAUCCCUUCGUCUCCUGCAUCACGGGACACUGUCAGUACAACGAGGAUUGUGCGGAUCACGAGGCCUGCGAUCGAUUGAAUCGCGUGUGCCGACCUGUUUGCGAUCAGGAGACCUGUGCCCUGAAUGCCCUCUGUGUGGGUCGUCGCCAUCAGCCGCAGUGCGAGUGCCGACCCGGAUACCAGGGCAAUCCGCAUGUGCAGUGCGAUAUACCGGUGAAGACUCCCAAGCCUCAGUGUGUCCAGGAUGCCGACUGUCCCUCCAAAUUAGCCUGCAUCAAUGAACGUUGUGCGGAUCCCUGUGCCACUCCCAAUGUGUGCACUCCGCAACAGACCUGCACGGUCUUGGACACCCUGCCAAAGCGAGCCAUGGCCUGCAAGUGUCCCGGCGACACGGUGACGGAUGUCUCCCGCAACUGCGUGCCCAUCAAUGUGCCCAAGGUCGUCACCGGCUGUCAGCACAACUCAGAGUGUGCCAAUCCCGAGAUCUGCUCGAAUGGAAAUUGCCUGGAUGCCUGCCGACUGGAGAGGUGUGGCGUGAAUGCCCAGUGCACCGCCAGGGAUCACUACGCUCAGUGUAGUUGCCCGAAGGGCUACCAAGGUAAUCCGCGCAUCGAGUGCUCUACAACGGAGGUGGAUAGGCCACGAAUCCCCAAUCCAGGCUGCUUACGCAACGAUGAUUGCCCCAGGGAUCAGAUUUGUCGCAACGAGAUCUGCGAGAGUCCCUGUUCCUCGGAUGCCUGUGGCAUCGGCGCCUACUGCCAUGUGCAGCAGCGCAAGGCCAUCUGCCGCUGUCCACCUGGAUAUUCCGGAAACCCACAAGAUCGCUGUCUGCCACCAUCCGAUGUGAUAACCGUGGGCUGCAAAUCCAGCACCGACUGCCCCUCGACGGAGGCGUGUAUCAACACCCAGUGCGUGAGUCCCUGCAACUGCGGUCCGAAUGCCGAGUGCACGGUGAAGAACCACCAUCCGAUCUGCUACUGCAAGCCCGGAUUCUCGGGCAACGCCCAGUUUGGAUGCUCCCCGAUUGGCUGCCAGUCGGACGACGAGUGCAGUGGGGACAGGCAGUGCGUGAACCGGGAGUGCAUCAACCCAUGCCUGGCCAGCGAUCCGUGUGCCCUGAAUGCCGAGUGCUACGGACGCAACCAUCGCGCCCAUUGCCGCUGUCCGGUAGGAUUGGAGGGUGAUCCGUUUGUGCGCUGCCUGCGCUUGGAAUGCCACUCCGAUUACGACUGCGCCUCGAACCUGGCCUGCGUGUCCAACGAAUGCGUGAGCCCGUGUGGUGAGAGGAGGAAUCCGUGUGCCCAGAAUGCCAUCUGCCAGGCGCUGCAGCAUCGCGCUGUUUGCCGUUGUCCGGACCAAAUGCCGCGGGGUAAUCCGUUCAGCUACUGUGAGGCUCUACCUGUGAAGCCAGUGUGCCGCGAUGAUGGAGACUGCCCCAGUGGACUGGCCUGCAUCGACGACAAGUGCCAGAACCCGUGCACAGUGCUCACGCCCUGCCAUCCGACUGCCCAGUGCAGUGCUCUGGACAGCGUGCCCGUGCGAACGAUGGUCUGCGAGUGUGCGGAGUACGAGGUGCCCGAUGCCAGUGGAGCGUGCCGCAAGCUGGUGCCGCCCCGCCAACCCGGCUGCGAGAGCGACCAGGACUGUCCCGACCAGGAGGCCUGCAUCCAUGCCCAGUGCCGCAAUCCGUGCAACUGCGGCAACAACGCCGUCUGCCAGGUGACCCAACAUCGCGCCGUGUGCAGCUGCCAGGAUGGAUUCGAGGGCAAUCCCUAUGCCUCCUGUCGCUCCAUCGGAUGCCGAGUAGAUGGCGAAUGCGAUUCCGGCAAGGCCUGCAUCAAUGGCGACUGCAUCAACCCGUGCCUGAUCAACGAUCCCUGUGGACCCAAUGCCGAGUGCUAUGUGCAGUCCAAUCGGGCCCAGUGCCGCUGCCUGAGUGGCUACCGGGGCAAUCCGUACGAGCGUUGCCGCGUCAUCGGCUGCAGCAGCAACAACGACUGUCCCACGGACAAGACCUGCCAGAACGAGCAGUGCGUGAACCCCUGCGUCUACCACAACCCAUGUGCCCCGCGUGCGGAGUGCCGGGCGCAGAAUCACCUGGCCGUUUGCCGUUGCCCUGCCGAAUUCCUGGGUAAUCCCUACGUGGACUGCCGGCCACCGCCGCAGCCAAUCUGCCAGCUGGACACCGAUUGUCCCGGCCGCCAGGCCUGCAUUAACGAACAGUGCGUGGAUCCCUGCCUGGUGCUGGAACCAUGCCAGCGACCUGCCCUCUGCGAGGUGACCCCCACAUCGCCGGUGCGCACGAUGCUCUGCAUCUGUCCGGAUGGCUAUGUGAGCCGUGGAAAGGGAGGCUGCAAGCCCACCCAGGGAGUCAAGGAUGUGGGAGGCUGCAUCUCGGACGCAGACUGUCCGGCGGACAAGUCCUGUCUGAAUAGCGUGUGCCGAGAUCCGUGCAAUUGCGGCUUGAAUGCCGAAUGCCGGAUCAAGGAUCACAAGCCUGUGUGCACCUGCCGCCAAGGAUUCGAGGGUAACCCCGAGUUCGAGUGCGCUAAGAUCGAGUGCAGCAUCAACUCUGACUGCCCGGGCACCCAUCUGUGCCGCAAUCAACUCUGCAUCCCCGCCUGCCAGGGCGAACAGUGCGGCUCGAAUGCCCAGUGCCUGGCCAUUGAGCACCGUGCCGUUUGCGAGUGCAUCCCAGGACAUGGCGGUAACGCCAGGAUUGCUUGUACUCCACUGGGAUGUCGCUCUGACGAUGAAUGUCCCACGGACAAGGCGUGCGUCAAUGGCAAAUGCAACGAUCCCUGCACAACCACGGCGAUCUGUGGCCAAGACGAGCUGUGCAAGGUGUACCAGCACCGACCGCAGUGCGCCUGCCCACCGGGCACCGUGCCCGGACGGAACGGCUGUGAGUCGGAGCGCCAUGUGCCCAUCUGCAUCAGCGAUGCGGACUGUCCCAGCCAGCGGGCCUGCCUGCGAGGCGAAUGUGUCAAUCCCUGCAAUGCCACCCAGCCGUGCGGAGUGAAUGCCUUCUGCAGUGUCCGGGAUACUUUGCCCGUGAGGACCAUGAUCUGCGAGUGCCUGGAGGGCUACACCGGCAACCCAGCCGUGCAGUGCGACAAGCGCUCGCUGUGCGUCAUCGAGAAGGGAUUCGUGCGAGAUGUGGACGGACAAUGUGUCUGCCCACCUGGAACCGCGCUGGACAUCUACGAAUACUGCACGCCGUGCCGAGAGGAGCAGGGCUACCGCAUCGACGAGAGUGGUCACUGUGUGUGCGCCUUGGAGCGUGGCAUGGUGAUCGAUGAGCGCGGCCGCUGCACUUGUCCCAUUGAGCUGGGCUACCGCCUGACUCCACGUGGCGAAUGCCAACCGGAGGAGCCGCCAGAGUGCACGACCAACGAUCAGUGCGCCGAUAACCGCUACUGCAACCUGGACACCAAGACCUGCGAGGAUCCCUGCCUGACCAAGGUGUGCGGAGUGAAUGCCUUCUGCAAUGCCGUGAAUCACCGAGCCCAGUGCCAGUGCAUCACUGGCUACACGGGCAACCCGGAGCUGCACUGCAACCACACCAAUUUCCGCACCGACUUCCCACGACCCGACAUGGUGGUCAGCUGUCUGGCCGAUGGCGUCCAAGUGGAGAUCCACAUCACGGAGCCAGGAUUCAAUGGAGUGCUGUACGUGAAGGGCCACAGCAAGGACGAGGACUGCCGACGGGUGGUCAACCUGGCCGGGGAGACCGUUCCCCGUACCGAGAACUUCCGCGUCCACUUCGGCAGCUGCGGCAUGCAAGCAGUUAAGGAUGUGGCCAGCUUCGUGCUGGUCAUCCAGAAGCAUCCCAAGCUGGUCACCUACAAGGCCCAGGCGUACAACAUCAAGUGUGUCUACCAGACUGGCGAGAAGAAUGUGACCCUAGGAUUCAACGUGUCCAUGCUGACGACGGCCGGAACCAUUGCCAACACAGGACCACCGCCCAUCUGCCAGAUGCGCAUCAUCACCAACGAGGGCGAGGAGAUUAACUCGGCCGAGAUCGGAGACAAUCUCAAGUUGCAAGUGGAUGUGGAGCCAGCCACCAUUUAUGGAGGCUUUGCCCGCUCUUGCAUUGCCAAAACGAUGGAGGAUAAUGUGCAGAAUGAAUAUCUGGUCACGGAUGAGAAUGGCUGUGCCACGGAUACCAGUAUUUUCGGAAACUGGGAAUACAAUCCGGACACAAACAGCCUGCUGGCCAGUUUCAAUGCCUUCAAGUUCCCAUCGAGCGACAACAUCCGCUUCCAGUGCAACAUAAGAGUCUGCUUUGGACGCUGCCAGCCCGUCAACUGUGGUGGCUACAACGCCUUCGGGCGACGUCGUCGCUCCAUUGCGGACAACUCCACCGAUACGACCGCCAUUGCCACGAAUUCGGGUGUGGAGGGUCAACUGCGCGAGGAGAUCACCAUUUCCUCGAAUGCCAUUCUGACAUUCGAGAAGCGCAGCGGUCAAGGCCUGAAUGAUGCCAACAUCAAACCGGCGGCUCAGAGAGUCGAGGAUAUCUGCGUGUCGAUGGUGGGUCUGAUCAUUGCCCUGGUCAUCACGGCCCUGCUGGCCCUCGUAGCCGUCGCAGUGGCUGUGUCCUGCUGGCUGAUGGCCUACAGGAGGAGGCCCAAGACAAUUGCGCCCCUGCCCCAUCCGCCGGAAUUCCCCAACCCGCUGUUCGCCAAUCCCGACGCUGUGCCCGAGCCAACGCCGGAUUACAUCUCCUAAAUGUAAUGUAACGUAAAAAUACACUGACACAACAAACACACACCUAGCUAUAUCUUUAGUCUGUAAGAAAAUCAAAAGAAUAUGAAAAUUAUGUGAAUAUUUGAAAGGCAAGUGCAAAAAGUUGUGCAAAAAUGCAAAACAGAUCAAAUCGCGAAAGAAUAUCAAGAAAAAAAGGAAAAACAAAAGUACAUUUGUGAGCUGAAAGUAAAUAUUCGGCAAUGUUGGCCGUAAAACGAAACUAUGAAAGAUUGAACUAUUGUAAAAAGCAAAAUUGACGAAGCGAGAAUCGCAUGAACAAUGCAUGAAAGUAAUUUAGUAGCUUAAGAAAAUAAUUUUAUUAAUUGUAUUAACGUUUAGUAUUCUCCUUCCUACUAACAUGAGAAUUCCGCGUAGUGUUUGUACGUUUAGCUGCCACAUAGAGUCCACAAACUGCCAAACAUAGAGAGUGCAGCUACAAACGAAUUCUCGUCCUUUAACGACAACUUCUUCAUUAGUCGAGUAUUAAUAUUAAUACUGUUAUAUAUUAAACUAAAGACUUCCUAUAAAUAUUUAGGGUGUGGGUAGUAGCAACGACACUUUGUAUUAUAGCACAGACACACGCAACUGCAACUACUUCCUGUAAUUUAGAACUCAACUAGCCCGUUAAAAUUGAAAACUGCCUUUAAUUUCCAACAAAACCGAACAAUGCACCCCAGAAUACUCUCUAGCAGUAUGUAAGAGAUCGGUGGGACUUUAUUCCACGUGCUUAAUAUAUAACCACUGGACAAUAUGCCAACGAUUGUCUCAGUUGGAUUGUACACAGGCUAAAGAGUUAGAAAACACACACACACACACACUCCGAAGAACAUAGAUACUCUAUCCAGCUUAAGGCACGUGGGAACAGUCCCAACAAGAUCUAGGCACCAACUCAAUCGAAAGAAUAGGGAACAGAACUAUAACUGCCACUGAGGCGUCAUCAGCGCACAAAAGAUACUUAUCUAUUGCAUAGGAAAUACUAGGUUUGUUUUAAUUUUAAUCGCAACAACGACUAAUGGAGGAUUUGAUUUUGACCACUAUCCCUCGACCACUUGUACUUGUACUACACACUCUACUAUGAUUAACCAUUAUUUUUGUAGUUUUUUAGUCAAUUAAUAUUAAAUUGUUGUGAUUGUUUUUAAUGCAAAAGAGAUACUUCCACUAACUUACUAAUAUGUAGAGACAAAAGUAUAGAGAGUACUUAAAAAGGCAACGAACCAGCGCCCCUGCCCCGCCCCCUUUUUCGUUUUCCAUGGGGAAAAGCACACCACUGUCAACGCGCCGGAAACUAUGCAGCGAAUUUCCGUUUCCGGCGACCGUUUUACAGAGCAAGUCUUCUCCUGAUGCGAUUAUAGUUAAGGGGGAACUGAGGCACCUGGCCUGGAUAAUUAAAUUAUUAAAAAUGAAGUUUUUAAUUAAUAUUAUUAAACGUAAACAAAAUGUAUAGUCACUACUUUAAGAAGAAACUGAAUUUUCUUUAUAGUAAAAUACCAUACAAAAUAAACUCGCACUCAGACACGUACACAAAGAGACAGAAUUUGUAAAUAAUACACAGGCAAACUCUAUGGUAUUUUUAGUAGCGCAUUAUUGUGUAUAGGUUUCUACACGACGUUGACUCUCAAAUCCGAACUAAAUCACAGCCUAACCUUAACCAAUGCCAGGCAUAAAAUUAUUUUCUUAAUUCCAUAACCAACACAUACAUAAAGAAGUGCACAAAUGCAGCAACCAACCGCCUCGUUCACAACUACCAAACACUUUUAUUUUUCUUUACAAGAACCGCUUAUAAAUCUGACCCCAAACUAGUGUUACAUUGAACAUAGACAAAACUUUUUGCACUGGCAGCAAAUAUAAAAGAGAAAUAAUAAUAAAGAAUAAGAACCGAUCUUAUUGUAAAAAGAAAAACAAUAGUUAAAUUGUACUUAUAAAGAAAUGUAUUUAAAAAGGAAAAACGAGAAACGAAAAUAAUUGUAAUCGCUUAUUGUAAACUAAUAAAUAAAUAAAUAUAAAUAAACAAA